AUGGUGCAGAAGAAGAGGAGCUGUCCUCGCUUACUUGAUUACCUUGUGAUUAUUGGGGCCAGGUACAGUAGCAACCUAGAUGGAAUUUACACAGUAAUGACCCUUGUCACAUAUAUAUUCAUAAACUUCUUCAGGCUCAUUGUCAACCCUCUGGGUGCAAAAGUGGGUGUGGCCAAAAAGCAAAACUGGGCGUGACCUUUUUAUUUUAAGUAAUGAAUUUUAGAUGGCUUGGGUAGCACAAAAGCCCUUUGGCAUCACAGGGGGGUACUUAAGGGAGCAACGAGCAAAAAAUUAAAAUAAUUUUAAAAUUACUGUUUUAAUGACAGAUUGUAAGGGGGGGCGGUGUUAGGAAACUACAAGAAAGCCUUAGGUGGCCAGGUGCAGCCCACAGGUUAGCCACCUCAUACCUGGAGUUGUGUUUUGGCCAGUGAUGCCUAGUGAGGUGGAGUAGCUAUGGGAGAGGGCAUCCUACAGCUGUACCAGUGAACAUCCAUUGGAGGCAUCUGAGGCAGUGGUGCAUUCAUGCAGCACUUGGUAGUGGAUGGCCACAAGUGCCAGGUGUAUGUUUGUGGUUGUGUGUGUGUGUGUGUGUGUGUGUGUAUAGAGAGAGAGAGAGAGAGAUAGAAAUGCUAAUUGAGGAGAGGGAAACAGAACACUGUUGUGCUCUUGUUUGAAAACAUGUCCACCUGUGUGUACAGACCACACAGAUAAUAACUGCCACUUUAGAAGAUGUUAUCAAGCUCCUCUGACAAUUGCCACUUCUCUCUUUGUGAAGGCAGGGGCCUCCUUUUGUCACUAGUCUCAACGUCCUUUCUUCUUGGUGUCAGCUUUCCCAUCCAGCAAGCUGUGCAAGCAGCUACUGCCCUACCUUCACACAUUGCUUUUUGAUUGGGUUGAGUACCUUGGCCACCCUGUCAGAGCCUCGCCAAGCACAAUUUUGCUUUCAUUUGUUCUUGAUGCAGAUCUUACUAUUCGUUGCCCUAAUUACAUUGCAACUCAGAGUCAUGGUGCUUGCAGCUCCCACUUACAGAAAUAGGCCCUCUCGUAUUUCCACUGUUCAAAUGUGUAACCAGUAUGGCAUUUGAGUAUCAAGUAAUUUUGCAUUUGCUUUGCUUGUAGGCAACCAAGCAGUGAUAGUGUGGCACAGACACCUGAACUACUGCGCCGCUACCCAUUAGAAGAUCACACUGAUUUUCCACUUCCUCCUGAUGUAGUGUUCUUCUGCCAGCCAGAGGGAUGUUUAAGUGUGCGACAGAAACGGAUGAGCCUGCGAGAUGAUACUUCUUUUGUCUUCACACUCACUGAUAAAGAUUCUGGUAUCACUCGCUAUGGGAUAUGCGUCAACUUCUACCGUUCUUUCCAAAAGCGUGUGCCCAAGGAGAAGGGAGAAGGCAGUGGCAGACAUCGUUCCCAAGAUGGGCAAAAAGCACCCAAGUCUGGGGAUACAUCCACUACCCAAGAAGAGAGGGGUAAUGAGAGUUCAGAGAGCGGUGGUUCUCUGCAACCACCAAGCACAGAGUCUGCGCCAGAUGUUACUCGAUCACCUCGUAGUAAACGUUCUGCAAAAGGCACCCACCGUUCUCGUAACAGCACCCUGACCUCACUUUGCAUCAUUAGUCACUAUCCCUUUUUCUCUACUUUUCGUGAAUGUCUGUAUACCCUGAAGAAAUUGGUGGACUGCUGCAGCGAGAGACUCUUGGGCAAGAAGCUUGGGAUCCCUCGAGGCGUGCAGAGGUACAUGAAGGGAUGCAAACGUCCCUUUUAAUACCAUAUCUAGAUGAUGCAGUUCAUUUUCUGCUGUGGUUUGAUGAAGUGUGCUUAUUUUCCAUGAAAAAGGGAGCAGACACAGAAUCAGUGUUUUUUCAUAAGGCACAUAAGAGGACUUGCAGGCUGUACACAGGCCACAGAGUUAGUGCAAAGGAAUAGUCACUGCAGGCAUGAAUGUAUCAUACCAUGCUGUCCUUUUCCACACACACCCAACUUAGUGGUACUGCUUUCCUUACUUCUGGUAGUGUGCCAAAACUUGACACCCAUUGCAGAAGAUAUGUACUAUGUGCUUACAUAUUUUAGCCAGCCUAGGAUGUCAUAUACCUCUUAGUGGACCAGGUUCCCAGUUUGCAUUUGUGUCUUAAGUUGAACCAAUAAUGUCUGUAAUCAGCUCAGUUUUGUAGUUGUUCCCUAUGUUCUAGUUACUUUGUGGUUUUGAAAGUGACUACUUCCCCUGCUCUUACAUCUGCUUGGUUGGAUCAGCUUCAAUUGGUUUGGUAGGCUCUGCUGGGAGCAUUGUUGCUUUGUCUCAUGUUCUGUGCACAAAUAUAUCAUGAAAAGAGAACUAGGUACAUGUAGUUGUAGCAUUCUAAUACAAAACUACACAGGAAAGCGAAUUUGUGAUUCCUUUUUAAAAAAACUAUUUCUGUUCUCGGUAACUCUACAGCCCCUCAUUUUAUGCUGUUAAAACUGCUAGAGCCUUCUAAAAAUAUACAUUAUAGAUUGACUAUAUGUGUGAUACAGUGGAGGAAUUAUUUGCUAUAUAAAACCCUUUAAAUAUCUUUGGGGACUAGCAACCUGACUGAUCUGUCUUGCACAACAGUAUAACAAUUCCUGGGGUACUUGUUUGGAGUCAAAGAAACAUCUGAUUUAUUUGGAGUUUGAUUGCUUUCUUAUCUUACUAUAUAAUAUAAUAUAAUAAAAAUGUAAGAAUGUCAUCAUUCUGCAGUUUACUUGGUGGGCAACAGGUGGUUUUAUAGUGUGACAAGAAGUGGUGGGUUGGCAGUUCAGGAAAGCUGUGGAGAGACAUCCACUGCAGGGUUUGGCAGCCCAAAGCUCUGUAAGGGAGAGAGUGGGCGACUUUGGCAAGCAUGGGUAGAUGGGAUUGUCGAGCAAACUGAGCAGGGCUAUAGUCUCUAGUAGUGACAUAAAUGCAAAGAUAGAUCCAUACAUUGCAAGGAAUUUUAUACUUCCAACAAGAUGCAGUUAAGGCUCUGCCAUACUUCUUUUCACCUAGGUCUUCGUUGUACAAUAGCUUAAAGGUUUUACUACAGUCAAAUGGUAUAUCUAUUUUGUUAACAAAAUAAAAUAAUAGGACAUGCGUAUACUCCCUAGUCUGACUUCUUAUGGAAGAAUUCACACAGCCUGAGUAUUUUGGCAGGUUUCUCAGUAGAACUACCAAGUAUAUGUGUUUGGGGUUAAUCUUGUUGCUUUUACACAGGGACACAAUAUGGCGGAUUUUCACAGGUUCACUUCUAGUGGAGGAGAAAUCCAGUGCAUUGCUACAUGAUUUGCGUGAAAUUGAGGCGUGGAUUUACCGGCUGCUUCGCUCACCUGUGCCUGUUGCUGGCCAGAAGCGCGUGGACGUGGAAGUCUUACCCCAUGAAUUGCAGCCAGCCUUGACGUUUGCCCUUCCUGACCCAUCCCGCUUCUCUCUGGUGGAUUUCCCCCUGCACCUGCCCUUGGAGCUCUUAGGUGUGGAUGCAUGUUUGCAGGUGCUAUCCUGCAUUCUUCUGGAACAUAAGGUGAGAGGGACAUGUGUCAGUAUACUUGUAGACAUUUCAGACGGAGAGGCUGCAAUGUCUAUUCUUCAACAUUUCAACAGAAACUUAGCAAAGACCAUGUGAAAGGACAAAUGUAUGUUUUUAUCACAAUGUUCAAUUUCCUAUUAACAGAAGCAAUAACGAUUCUGAGGCUUCUGCAUAAAAUAGUAUUUGAUUAGGGAAAACUUUUUCCAGUAUUAGAAUACAUAUCAUAUGAAGGCCCAUUGGAAGUAGCCUAAGAGCUUAUUAUCAUGAGAUAAUAAUUGUGUGGAUGUAUUGACAAGAGUUUCCUUGGUUGCAGGUGGUGUUGCAGUCCCGGGACUAUAAUGCGCUCUCUAUGUCUGUCAUGGCAUUUGUGGCUAUGAUCUACCCACUGGAGUACAUGUUCCCAGUGAUUCCACUCCUUCCUACCUGUAUGGCUUCUGCAGAGCAGGUAUGCAAUCGUUUCAGUGACGGAUGUUCUGCUGUGACACUGCUGAAACCUUUUAUCAGGAGAACAGUCGAAUUCUUGCUGGGUUUUGUCCUGUCUAAAUUAAAAUGCAUAUUUUUCAAUGUGCCUGGCAACUACUGAGAUGCUCCUACAAAUCACAGUGAAGCUUAAUGAUAGGAAUAGAAAUGGCAGACAGUGUAGAAAAGAGCAAACUUUAUUUUGAGAUGUUCCAUAUUAUAUCUGUUGUUGUAUGGUAUAUUUUUUUCCAAAGCUGUUGAUGCCAUAUAGGCAGUUUGGUCCACAGUUACUUUAGAAGAUUGAAGGGUCAUGUUACUCCUGCAGGAAACCUGUGAUUCAAGAAGUGUAGUGCCUGUAAGAGCCAAUAAUUGUAAAACAGGGAAAACAAUUUCCAGUAACACUACUUGCUGCUGCUAAAGCUUUAGGCUUAUUCUUUUAUCGCCUUUUACAAGAAUGUAGAAUGUUUGCAAAGGACAUAUUUCUUAGCAAGGCCUAUUUUGUCAAAUACUUUCUUUUGCUGCUCUCCACAAAACUUCUUAUUUCCCCUGCAGUUUUUUUUGUGCUGUUCCAAACACAGUAUCAUUUUGAUUGCCAUUUUUACCAUAGGCUGCCUUUUCAAGCACCAGUUUUCUUCCAUUUAUAAUCUGGUCCUUUGAUGAAAAGCUCAUUUUCUACUUGUUCAAGGAGGCCUUCCCAAAUUUAGAUGUUUUCUCAGCUUCUGCUGUCCUCAGUGUUGGAUAAAUUCUUUUAAAAAAUACUUAUUUAUGUGAAUAUAUUGCUCUUACAUGCACAGUGGUCUCCAAUCCAGAUUACUAUUCAGAUAUGCACCUGUUUUAUCUCAGUAAUGCUACAGCAUCUAUUGUUUUCACAGUAAUUUACUGAGCCCAAAGUUUAAUGAAUUCUUGUAGCAACAUUUGCUUAUGCUUUUAAGUGUCGUCAUCUCUCCAGUAGUUUGCUUUUAGUGCUUGUGGGUGGAUUGUUAGCAGAAAAGCUGUAAGGAUUCAGAUUUUUUCCUUAUUAAUAUUUUCUGCCUGCUACAGCUGCUUCUGGCCCCAACACCCUAUAUCAUUGGAGUCCCAGCCAGCUUCUUUCUUUACAAACUAGACUUUAAAAUGCCAGAUGAUGUAUGGCUAGUUGAUCUGGAUACUAAUAAGGUAGGUAACUCCUAUUCAUAAAACAGCAUUUAUAUAUAAUUCCUCUUGAUGGGGACUGUGUGGGUGUUAUGAUUUUAUUUCCUAAUCCCACCUCCUUCUCUUAAUUAACACAAAAUAGAUGUUGCCUUGUUUGUUUAUGUAUUAAAGGGUUUUAACAGCUGUUCGUUUUUUAAACUGCAGAUUUGCUUGAAGUUGUUUUGUAAUAACCUACAGAAAUGGUUCUGGUUAGGCUUUUAAGUCACUGUCCUUUGUAACUGUUUGAUUACUGAUUUGUAAUAUAUUUUAUAUUGUGUUAUGUAGGCUACAUUGGAAAUGCAAGAUCCUAAGAGACAGCUUGAAAACACGUUUAUAAUUUAGCAAAUACACAUUUUGGAUAGCCACACCCAUACAGCCUUUGUUAAAUGUUUCUUGAUGUGCAAAACAAAUCAAAAUAUGUUUAUUGGUUUAAUAUAUUUAUAGGCCUUUUAUGUUAAAACAAUAUUUAAAAGAACAAUUUAAAAUUACAAUUAAAUGGUGAUUGUUUCUGACACUUAAAAAAAUUAUUCCAUUGAAAGGGCAAGGAAAUAUUUUCUAAAACAAUUGUUACCAAGGAGCAAAGUGACAUAAUUAGGUCACAUUUUAAUUUGUUGACAGAUUAGAAAACCAAAUCAUCUGCUUGACAGUUCUGAAUUCAUCUUAGAGCACAGCCAAUAAUGCAUAAGCAAUAGGAGAAAUUAGAUCCACUUCAAGGUUCCUGCCCCUAUUUCUGUCUUGUUUCCAAGAAGUCAUAAAAGACUGUCCACUCCAACAGUUUUUGUAAACGCAAUUUUCUCUAUAAAUUUUUAUUCCAGGUGAUUGUUCCUACAAAUGCUGAGUCAUUACCUGUUUUGCCGGAACCAGAAUCUUUAGAAUUGAAAAAGCACUUAAAGCAGGUAUGUACGGAUUCUAGUGAAUGUGGCUGGGAGAAUUCCCACUACUAGUAUAUUAGAUAACUAAGGAUGCUGUGACAGUUUGCAGCAUCAUAAUGGGACAACUUAUUACUAAAGUUCAGACUCAAAGUGGACUCUCUAAUGUAAAUAUGACUAUUUCAACUUAUAUGAAGAAACAUUUCUAAAUUAGGAGAAAUGUGGUUAAAGAGAGUUAUUUCAGGUAGCUGAUAGUGGGUACAUUAGUGAUACUUCAUUCAAUGCAGGAACUUAUGCUGUCCAAAAUGGGGCUUCUGUAGCUCUGUGCCAUGAAUAAAAAAAUAUCUUUGCAAUGGCUCCUUUGGAACACAGUCAGUCUUGGUUAGAGGAUGACUAGGGAAAGCCGGUGUGUGUUUAGAUGCAGAUUCUGUCCAAUUAUACUAUUGAACAAAGGUCCAAUAAGUAUCCUUUCCCUUGAGGAGACACUUUGACCCCCCCAGUUCUUUCUCUUUUAAGUGGCACAAAGUAGAAGUUGUAGUCUUGUUUUCAAAGCACAUUGUAAAUUUCCCCUAAUAACAAAAAAUUGCCUCCCUAUAUUCUUUUAGGUUCACUUAUUUUUUCAUUUGACUUGGCUUGUGAAACUGCAGGACCUGCCAUUUACAUUUUUCAGCUGUUUUUCUUGAACAAUAAUCUUCUCGUGGCAUGCUAUUUACAAUUUGAUCCAAAGCCUUUCUUACUUUUCUGUCCUCUGUUUCUGUUUCCACUUUAGAGAAGCUUACGUAAAAAUGCCUAGGAGCCUCUAGAGAUAAAAAAAGUAAGAAAGGCUUUGGAUCAGAUUUGUAAAUAGCUAAUAGCCUUAACCAGUGCUUUUUUUUCUAAAAAAAUGUUUAGGGGUGCUCUCAUUUUCCUACUUAUAUUGAAAUUCUGCCCCUCAAUGAGGCCAAACUUAGAUUCACAAAAUGAAAGCAAGCCUCAGGCCUCUCCUCUGGUGUGUCUUUCAGGCGGAAGACUGAAGGUUCUGCUUCUGUUGUAGAUCCACCAGAGUUUAGUGGGUUGUCCAAUCCCUAAACUAUGGUUCAUUGCAACUACAAUUAAUUGAAACAAGCCAGCUUCCUAAACUGGUAUGAAUUUGGCUUGUUUCAGCUGAUCAUAGUUAAAAUGAGCCACACAUUCUCCAGGUUUGAAUGGCACAGUAAGCCGCAAUUAAUCUAACAUGGAAAUGAAAGCUUCUGAACUCCUUGAAGCCCUGACAGAAGGAGAAGGGGGAACAUGUGAGUCUAACACUGAACUAUGAUUUAGUAUUACAUCCAAACCAGGUCACUUCGUUAUGUUUUGCGAUCCUGGGUGAGAUUCAACUAAUUGGUUCUGUGCAAGGACCUCUGCUUGCACAACAAGGCUUCCCCCAGUUGGCUCUGAGGGAUUGGGAGACCCCCCCCUCCCCGGAAAAAAAACCACCAGUGUGUUUUCAUAUGAGCAUUUUGGUGUGGUCAUGAAACAUUGAAAUCAGCAGGUGUUAUUACUGUGUAUUGUUAACUCAUUUUCAUGUAUUUGAAGCUGUGGUAGGCUAUGGUUUAUCUCAUCCUUAAUCAAUCCCCAUUUAAAACCUGCAGUACUGUAAGAUAAUCAUACAUAUCAGAGCUUCAUGGCAUAUUGUGCACUACAUAAAAUGCUUCAUCAUUACAUUUAAAAUGGUCAUCUAAACCAGUACUUAAUAUCUACACACAAAUCUGCUUCCCGCAUGAUACACCCUUUAGAAUCUCUGGGCUUUCAGUUGUCUUGCCUUCCCCUUUCUUAAUCAUCAUUUUCUCCAUUUUCAUAUUGCUGCCUAUGAGGCCCAUAUUUGUUCUCUUUCUCUAAUCCUGUGAAGCUAUUUAUUGGUUUUAGUCAGAUUGAAUGAGUCUGUCAAAAUAGGUUUUAUGAUUUUAUUUCUGUUCUUUCCCCCACACCUCCUUGCAUGCUGCAUGCAGUAUUUAAAGGUAAAGUGUUAAGAGUAGCAGUACAAAAGCUGCUGUUUCUGGCUCCCAUAGAAGAGCAGAACCACACAAUUAACCGUCUGUGAUUUCCUAUGUAACCUGUUGCAGUGAACAGCCAUUGACCCUUACAGUAGAAUCCCCAGCCGCUCGUUCAGAAUCUGUUUGCUUUUCUCUCUCCACAGUUUAGGGGCUAUUCAGCAAAACUCCCACACAUUUGAGUAGCGUGAAGUGAAUGAGCAAAAGAAUAAUAACCAUUCCUUUCAUUCUAUGAUGCAUGACACAAAACCUUACUAUCCACAGGGUAAAGCAAAGGAAAUGUGGGUGACAUCGUGAAGGUGACUGCCUUGUGACAAAACAUAGUUAUGGUAGUGGGAAAUAUUGGCGCAACAGUAUUAUGCAUGCAUAAAUACUUAACAAAUAUAUACGGGCUUAUUAUUGCCCUUUCAGAUCAGUGUCAUUAUAAAUAUUUAUAUUGAAAACAGCUGGCUAGUAGUCCGUUUAAAAAAAGUGUAUGCAAGCAGAUGUGUGGGGUGAAAGCAGUCUGGCCUUGCUCAGGAACUGUGACUGUUUAUGAUCCCUUUUUAUUUCCUUUCUCAUCUGUGGUAUUAGUAGUAAUAGUUUUUUCUCCAUCUGUCUCUCUGUGAUCAUGUGUUCGUCUUGCCUCUGAUUGUCCGCUGGUGUUGUCAUGUGAUCUUCCAUCUUGCCUCCAGUGUCUGGUUAGCAUGACUGCAAUCACUCAGAAACAGCUGCUCACGCCUGACAAAAAGGUGUCUUUAUUUUACUCUUUUCUGCCUCAAGUUUCCAUUGGAUUAUUUUUUAACCUGUUUUGAUUUAUUUGCUUUGGGGGGGUGGGGAAAUGAACUUUACAGAAGGACAAGGAGGUUGAGAGAGAGAAGCAGACAUAGAGAAAAACGGGGAGGAUUAGGUAAAAAAAACAAAACAGGUAAGGUAAAGGACCCCUGGAUAGUUAAGUCCAGUCAAAGGCAACUAUGGGAUGUGGCACUCAUCUCACUUUUCAAGCCGAGGGGAAAGGCACGAGGUUUGUAGGAUGGCCACAACUGUUAAGAAGUGGAGGACGAGGCAAAAUUAGAUUGAUGAGAUUGUGUACUACAUGCAGAAGUGAAAACUUUAACUCUUAUAUGCUUCAUGUUCUGGGUGAUGUUGUCAGACCAUGAGUUGUUAGUUCUGUGAAAAUACUAGCUUUGCCAUGUGAGCUGCAGAAGACUGUAGAGUUUAAAACAGUGUGUCCUAGAAAUCUGAGCUUCCCUGACUAGCAUAGUGACCCUGCACCUUUAUUUGGAUUGAAAAGAUAGUUUUUAAAUUGAUGGAGUUGGGAUCUCAGUGCAGAGAAUAAUACUGAGUGGAUUGUUAUGAAGGGUGGCAUACAAAUAUCUUAAAUAAAUAAAUAAAAUUAUCACAGGAUGGUUUACAAUGCAAUUAAAAAUAAAAAUAAAGUACCGUAUUUUUCGUUCUAUAGGACGCACCGGUCCAUAGGACGCACCUCGUUUUUUGGGGGGGGGAAAUGAAUAAAAAAAAUUAUUCCCCCCCCUCCCCCCCGCGGCUGCCGCCCCAAGCCUUGCGCGCUUGGCGGGACCUCCUGCCGGGCGCGCAAGGCUUGCGGACACUCGCCCGCAGCACGGGGAGCCCUCCGGAGGGCUCCCCGUGCUUCGGCGACAUGCUGCAGCCCCAAGCCUUGCGCGCCGGGCGGGACCUCCUGCCGGGCGCGCAAGGCUUGCGGACACUCGCCCGAGCACGGGAGCCCUCCGGAGGGCUCCCGUGCUUCGGCGACUGCUGCUAGCCCCAAGCCUUGCGCGCCGGGCGGGACCUCCUGCCGGGCGCGCAAGGCUUGCGGACACUCGCCCGAGCACGGGAGCCCUCCGGAGGGCUCCCCGUGCUUCGGCGACAGCUGCAGCCCCAAGCCUUGCGCGCCGGGCGGGACCUCCUGCCGGGCGCGCAAGGCUGCGGACCUCGCCCGAAGCACGGGAGCCCUCCGGAGGGCUCCCGUGCUUCGGCGACUGCUGCAGCCCCAAGCCUUGCGCGCCGGGCGGGACCUCCUGCCGGGCGCGCAGGGCUGCAGGACACUCGCCCGAGCACGGGAGCCCUCCGGAGGGCUCCCGUGCUUCGGGCGACGCUGCAGCCCCAAGCCUUGCGCGCCGGGCGGGACCUCCUGCCGGGCGCGCAAGGCUUGCGGACACUCGCCCGAAGCACGGGAGCCCUCCGGAGGGCUCCCGUGCUUCGGCGACAGCUGCAGCCCCAAGCCUUGCGCGCCGGGCGGGACCUCCUGCCGGGCGCGCAAGGCUUGCGGACACUCGCCCGAAGCACGGGAGCCCUCCGGAGGGCUCCCCGUGCUUCGGCGACAGCUGCAGCCCAAGCCUUGCGCGCCGGGCGGGACCUCCUGCCGGGCGCGCAAGGCUUGCGGACACUCGCCCGAAGCACGGGAGCCCUCCGGAGGGCUCCCGUGCUCGGGCGACAGCUGCAGCCCCAAGCCUUGCGCGCCGGGCGGGACCUCCUGCCCGGCGCGCAAGGCUUGCGGACACUCGCCCGAAGCACGGGAGCCCUCCGGAGGGCUCCCGUGCUCGGGCGGCAGCUGCAGCCCCAAGCCUUGCGCGCCGGGCGGGACCUCCUGCCGGGCGCGCAAGGCUUGCGGACACUCGCCCGAGCACGGGAGCCCUCCGGAGGGCUCCCGUGCUUCGGGCGACAGCUGCAGCCCCAAGCCUUGCGCGCCGGGCGGGACCUCCUGCCGGGCGCGCAAGGCUGCGGACACUCGCCCGAAGCACGGGAGCCCUCCGGAGGGCUCCCGUGCUUCGGCGACAGGCUGCUGCCCCAAGCCUCGCGCGCGCCGGCGGGACCUCCUGCCGGGCGCGCAAGGCUUGCGGACACUCGCCGGGGCUGCAGGCUGCUGCCUGCAAGCCUUGUGAGCCCGCGGGAACUCCCACCGGGCUUGCAAGGCUUGCGGAUGCUUCCUGAAGCCUGGAGAGCGAGAGGGGUCGGUGCGCACCGAUGCCUCUCGCUCUCCAGGCUUCAGCGAAGCCUGCAUUCGCUCCAUAGGACGCACACACAUUUCCCCUUCAUUUUUGGAGGGGAAAAAGUGCGUCCUAUGGAGCGAAAAAUACGGUAAUAAAAUAUGCACGAUGGCAUUAAACAUUAAAAAACUGCAGUGGAAAUUUGUAAAACAACCAGUACUUAACAAAUGUGAAAUUAUUAAUAUACCUUGGGGCGUAACCCUGUGCCUACAGGAUAACAAAGUGAACUCCAGGUGCCUUCUUUCAGGAAAGGUGUUUUACAACUGGAAUACUACAGGUGGAAAAAAAGUCCUUUCUUGUGCCACCAUCUGCCUUAUCUCUGGUGUUUGGGGUACUCUGUGGAGUGCCUCAGUUUAUUAAUUUUUAACACACCCAUCCUCUGGUUUUAUACAGUUGAGCUACUGAAAGGGUGGAUUUCACCUUCCUCAUGUUAGUUUCCAGUAUAUUUUAGGGGGGGGGGGGAUAUAUAUUUAUAAAUCUUGUUUUACUCACCUGCCCUCCUCCCAAUACUAGUUAGCCUGGGGGAUUAUAAGUUGCUUUGGGUUGCUUUGGGCAAGAUAAAGUGACUAAAUCAGUCAACCAAUAAGUCAUUAGAUUUACCAUUCAGCAUUCUAAAUUUGUUAUGUAAAAUGGUUGUAAGGUCCUCUCUUUUUCUCUGCUUGGAGCAGUCAAAGGUUAGUCAAAGAGUGCUUAAAAGUUUACUGAUCUGCUGAAAGAGGUGUAUUUUGAUUCUGGGAACUAGAACAUUUCACUUGGGUUGUGUUUGUCCAUGAGUUUAAGCAGUUUUGACAAUGCCGUUCUUAUUUAUUACCCUUGUGACCUAUUGCCCUUCAGGCUUUGGCUAGCAUGAGCUUGAAUACCCAGCCUAUUCUUAACCUAGAGAAGUUUCAUGAAAGCCAGGAGAUCCCACUGCUUACGGGAAACCUCAGAAUGACAUGCAGUCCACACCUUCUACAGAGUUCAACCCCCUGAUCUAUGGCAAUGAUGUAGACUCCGUGGAUGUGGCCACUCGGUGAGUCUGAGCAAUGUAUUUUUGUUAAAUUUCCAAAUACACUGGAAGGUCUGCUGCUCUGUCCUGCAGAAAAUGUUAGCUGAAAUGCUGUGGCCUUCCGGUAAAAAACCAAAUGCUUUUUCAUUGUCUUUUUCAUGAACAUUUAUUGUUAUAAACUAGAACACACUCUAUGUGAGCUACCAUCAGUUUUUAACAAUAUUUUCUACUGCUUAGGCUGCAUAAGACUAGAGGAUGAGAUUCUCUUGUGUAUAUACUGGAUUCCACACAGUCCAUUACAGGGUCAGCCAGUGUGAUGCCCUCCAGAUAUAUUUUGGACAACAACUAACAUUGGCCCAAGCCCAGCACGAUCAGUGGGUCAUGGAUUAUGAAAGUUGUGGUUUACGCCAUUUGGAGAGCAUCCUGUUGGCUAUUCCUAGUCUUUUGUUUUGAGAUACAUAUUCUGUUAAAUCUGACUAUGUUUUCUAAUUGAAAAUUUAAAAUAGAAAAAAAAUGUAGAGGUAACCAUUGAGUAGGUUCAUACAGAGUUCUAUAGCUCAUUGUCCUCUUUAGGCUGAUGACAAGCAGCUCCAUUUCUCCUUUUCAUCUUCUGCAGGCGAGACAGUGAAUGUACUGAGUCACUGUUAGGUUGUAGUACUGUAUGAUCGAAUCUUCUGUGGGGGUUACGUUCCAGAAAUGACAUGUACAUGGAAAAAUGCAUAUACACUUGGAAUCACACCUGUGUGGUUGUCUUUCUUUUCAAGGAAGGCAGAGAGCUUUUAAGCUCUCAGACUUGCUUACUGGGCUCUGAGAUGCUCCCGUGACAUCUUGUGGGACCAUCCGAGUUUCCACGAGAUCUCUCAAGAGUGUUCCAAAGCACAGUUAGCAGGUCUGAGAGCUUAAAAGUUCUUUCCAUGUUGGGGAAACCCAAAGCAAAAGGAGCUUCUAAGCUCUCUGCCUUGUGAGCAAUCAAUUUGCGGGAUUUCAUCCAGCCAGAUUUCAACUGUGUGAAGUUGAAACAUAAUCCAACAAGACUGAGAUAUGGUUAGUGGAUGGUUCCUCUAUCCAGCUUCAAUGUCCAGCCUGCUCUAGAAGGGGUCACACUACCUCUGAAAAAGUGGGAUCAUAGUUUGGGACUUCUCCUGGUUCCAUUACUGCUGCCACUUGAGACUUCGGUGGUGUGGAGUGCCUUCCAUUGGCUUUGGCUGUUUGGCUCAACUACUGUAAAAGAGAUUAUUUGCCGUCAGAGUUGAUAAUUGAACUCAAUAUCAUCUUUGUACCCUAGGCUUGCUGCAAAGAAAGUGAGAAUAGAAGCCAAAUAUAUUUGUCCUUGGUCCCAGCACAAUAGGGGCACUGGUGUUUCUUUUAUUUCCAUAGGGCAUAUUUUGUCUUGAGGCCGCAGUUGAUAUUAGCUAUGAAUGGGUGAACUUAUUCUGCUGUCCUUCCCUUACUAGAAGCAAAUGUAGAAUUUGCUUUUCAUGAUAUGUGAAUGUACUGUGUCCUUCAGACUUGUCAUGUUGACUAUAUUACCAACCUUUUGGAUUUUUUUAGGGUUGCCAUGGUGAGAUUCUUCAAUUCACCAAAUGUUUUACAAGGAUUCCAGAUGCAUACUCGCACACUUCGCCUCUUCCCCCGGCCAGUGGUUGCAUUUCAGGCCAAUUCGUUCUUAGCCUCAAGACCAAAACAGACACCUUUUGCAGAUAAAUUGUCGAAGACACAGGCAGUGGAAUACUUUGGGGAAUGGUCACUCAACCCAACUAAUUAUGCUUUCCAAAGAAUCCACAACAGUAAGUCUUGGCCUUGUGUUUACUGCUACCUCUUGAUUAAUGCUGAAUCUUCUAAUACAAAAGUAGUGUCAGGAAAUAGUGUCUCCUGCAUCCUAUCUGACCAUCUUGGCUGUGAGACCUGGAAGACUUACCCCUUGCCUUGCAGGCCUUUUUUCACCUGACCUAGAAGGGUAGGGCCCUAACUGACUCCAGCUACAAAAAGCUGAGGCUGCUGAACUGAUUCUUGGGCUGGUGUGUUUGGGCUGGGGACUGUUGCUGUUUUUUGUAUCUUAACUCAGAUGUGUGGAAUUGUUGUGGUUUAUGUUUGGUUGUGUAUUUUUUAUUGUUUUAUUUAUUGCUCAUGACUACUUUUGUUGUGUUGUAGUUAUGUAUUUUUUCAUGCUGUAAGCCCCCCUUGAGCAUGGUUUGAACUGUGGAAAGUUGGCAUACAAAUAAAAUUAUGUAUGUAUCUGUUCUAUGGAGGGACAGCUCUACAUUCAGUUUAAUUUCAAACCCCAUUAAGCAAAUAUAUUUCUGUGGACUGAUGUUUUGCCUACCAUUUACAAUAUAAUUUCUGUAGGGCAGCUGCAGCCCCACUUGAUUGAGACUUUGGGGGAUGACAUCAUGGAAAUAACUUCAUUUUUCUUACUAUUUCUACAGACAUGUUUGACCCUGCUCUGAUUGGUGAUAAGCCAAAGUGGUAUGCUCAUCAAUUGCAGCCAAUUCAUUACCGUGUCUAUGACAGCAAUUCUCAACUAGCUGAAGCACUGAGUGUCCCAAUAGAGAGAGAAACAGAUUCUGAACCUACUGAUGAUAGGUUAGUGGGGAGAGAAACUUUAUGUAGCUGGUUCUAAGUGGCCUUUGUCUUUCUGGGUUUUUUUCCAUUUUUCCCUGAAAAAAUUCAAUACUGCUUCCAGCACUGGUUUCCAAAGCAGUUUAACAGAUAAUCUGACAAAACAUUAACAAUGCAAGACAAAAAAAAUACAGUCAAGUCAGGAGUUCAGGGUAUCAUAAAACCCAAAUCUAAAGGUUCUGAAAAGCAUUUUUAAAAGACUGGCAGAAGAAAAAGGGUUUUGGCUAGUGUUGAAAAUAUAACAGGUAGGCGCCAGUCUCUGUUGCUGCAGUAUGCUAUUCGUAACACCUCCUUAUUAACCUUCCAUCUUCUGCACCCUUUAAAAAUGCUUCUGGUAGAGUAAAAAUAAGUUGUCCCCUUUCUUUUUAAAAACUAUAUUUCCAAACACAGAGCUAUACAGUAUAUAUGAUGACCUACUACUUAAGAGAAGCUGUUCAUUUAACAAAACCUAUGCCACCAUAGCCUUGUAGUAUAAAAUAUUCCAUUUAGUUGCUUCUCUUUCUAUUGCUGGUCUGUUCUCAUUCUCUAUUGCUAUAUAUUUUUCUUUCCUUUUUUGCCACUUCUAAUUCUUUCUCACCCUUUCCCCCUUAAAAUAGUGGCAGUGACAGUGUGGAUUAUGAUGACUCCAGCUCUUCGUAUUCAUCCCUUGGUGAUUUUGUUAGUGAAAUGAUGAAGUGUGACAUCAAUGGUGACACUCCAAGUGAGUAACUUUGAGUUGAUAAUUUAAUUAACUCUACAUGCAUGCUUUGGUCUGAUUUAAUUGCUUUGAGAGAGAAAGAACCUAAGAUAAUUGUGAAUGACUUGGGAAGAUAUGUUUUGUUUAAGUAAACAGGUAUAUUUACUUUUAACAUCUUGUGCCACCCAGCCAAAAGUUUUACUCACUCUUGAAGACUGUAAAAGAGAGUAUUCAGUACAGUAUAGGUAAAAGCUGAUUGGCUGCUUUUUUUGGUUAAAUAUACAUUUUCUUAUCUUGACAGGGAUCUUCAGUUGUGACUAGAAUUUCAAUCAGUUUAUUACAGUCAUAGACCAGCAGCGUUGUGACUAGAAUGUCAUUUGCAGCUAGAAUGGGCUUUUUCAGUGGUGGCUUUCUGCUUUUGGUAUGCUCUCUUCAAGUAGCCUCGUCUGGCAUCUUCAUUACAUAUCUUUAGCCACUAGGCAAAAACAUUCCUCUUCUCCCAGGCUUUUGGCUAAUUUUACAAUCUAUGGCCUUUUAAACAGUGGGGUGCUGGUGGUAAUGUUUUUGUUUGUUAUGAUGUUAUGCAUUUUUGUGUUUUUAUAUUGUAAACAGCUUUGUGACAGGCAGUGUGAAGGGCAGUAUAGAAAUAUUUUUUAAAAGCCAUACUGGAGAAAAUCUGGCUUUUGUUUUAUUGAGGUUUCUGGUCAGUACUUACAUUGUAAAUGUCAUAUUUUCUCAUCAAGUAAAUGGACUUGGACACUACUUCCCUUUAUUUUUUACAUUUUAAAGCUGGAGUGGUUGACUCCUGACCCAGGCACAUGAUGAUGUGGUCCCCGAGCAUUUUUUCCUGUCCCCCAACUCAGGCCCCACUAGUUUUUUGCAAGGGUGGCAAAAAAAGUAGAACAUAGUGCUGGGAUGCCCUGUGGCCACUGCCCUAAUGUGGAUGCAAAUAGCUCCCUUCGCACUCAUCAGAUCAAUCAUAUGUAUGAGAGUGUAGGUGGCCACAUCCACAUCUGGCCGCUUUCACCAUUGACAUAUGGCCCCAUGAGAGUUGGACAAGGGUGAAUGCUGCCCACAGGCAAAAAAAAAUUAGUUAGCUAUCCCUAUAGUAAAUAAUUAUAAAGCUACAUUUUGCAAUAGCUUGCAAAAGCUACAUUUUGAAUAGCUUGCUGUUUAGAGUUAGAUUUUGAUCCAGUUUUCAAAUGGCAAAUUAGCAAAUAUGAAAGUUCCCAGCUGCUCCCCACCACUCGUCCUACUGCCACCUUGCUUUGUAGGCUAAGUCAUGGUUUGGCAAAGAGUUAUGCCUUAUCUGGGCCCAUGGCUUUUCUUGCUCCAGACAAACCACAACCUGUAACUAAAGUUUGGUAUUGGUCUACUGCUCAUGGUUUGUCUGAAGGAGAUGAACCAUGAGCCUAGAUUCAGACGUAAUGUUAAGCCGUACCAUCACUUAGCCUAGGCAGCAUGGCGGCAGCAGGAUCAGGGAGGAGCACAUGCUAAGCCAUGGUUUGCCUUAGUGUUACAUGCAGACUGGGCCUUUGUGAUUUUUGUUGACCCUAUGAACUUAUGUGUAUAAUAUCUAUUUACAGAUGUGGAUCCUCUAACCCAUGCAGCUCUGGGUGAUGCAAGUGAAGUGGAAUUUGAUGACUUCCAGGAGUACUCGGGUGAUAUGGAUGAACAAGCCCCUGAUAGUGAAAACUCCCAAGACAACAAUCAGCCUCGGUCAAGUUCAAGCACUACAGCCAGCAGCAGCCCCAGCACUGUCAUCCAUGGAGUGAAUCAUGUGUGUAAUGGGGCUUAUUGUAUAAGUAAGGGAGGCAAGAGAUACAGGAAUGAUAGGAAGGACCCUGAAGAUGAUUGGAGUUUUACUACUUUGGUCUUCAUCAAAGGCUGGAUUUGUUUGGGGCAUUUGUUCCCUCAUGAACCACUUCUUAUCAGCCUGAGGCAUAGACUGAGGCAUAAAGCUCCUUGAAGCUUUGGAAUGGAAAGGAUUUCGUAGCUGCUUUGUAUUUCUUUUGGGAAGAUACAUGGAGAAUGAAUAAUUAAAAAAACUCUUGUCAUUUUGUGUUCUUAAUAUUUAUUGGUCUGAUAUGCACAUCACAGUAAACCAUGGUUAUUGGUUUACAAUGAAUGAACUUCUCUGGGCUCUUUUGUUCUCCCUGCUAGUACGUGGAGGAAACAAACUAUGAUCCAUAACACUAAGCCAAGGAUUGUACUUUUCCCCCUUCCUAGCUCUUGUGGGGAGAAGCAAACUGGGCAUGAUUGGCUCAUGUAUGGGAAGCCAUGGUUUAUGACUUACCGUGAUGUGAAAACAUGGCCAAUGUUACUAGAGAAAAGUAGAUGACAGUGAAUUUAUGUCACUAUUAUGUAUUUGAGAUAUGUCACAAUUAUGCAUUUGAUUUAAAACUAUGGUGAACAGCAGUCAUAUGGUUCAUUCCUUACUAAUAAAAGACAGGUGCUCACAUAUUCAUAUUCUCCAAGCCAAUAGCAAUGCUUAAAAAAAUUAAAAUAUGAGAGCAGGGAAGUAGACUGGUUAUGAUACAUAAUUAUUGGAUUUUAUGUGAAAUAAGUAUUAUACAUAGAUCUGGAAGCCCUGUGAACAACACUGUACCUAGGAUGAAAUUUUUCAAGUGAGCAGCCAUGUUUCUUUAGAGGUAGUGAUGAGCUAAUGCAGUGAUGAAAUCAUGAGACAAUAUUUGAGACAAUUUAAGAAGUGUUAGAAAAUGGAUGAACAUUUAAUAUUAAUACAGUUUACUAUAUAGAAAACAGCUGGUCUAAUAAAUUGUGAAAUGUUAGACAUGGGAGACAAAAUUGCAGAGAGAUGAUGUAAGCUCAUUUAGUAUAGGCAAUGUUAGAAAUAAAGAUAACAAUUGGCCUUCAGAAUCUUAGGGCCCUCUUGCGCCUGACACCAGCUGUUAUGUGGAUAUGUAUUUGUAGACAAAUAGGAUUUUUGUUUGUUUUACAAAGGAGUCUGCUGAUUCAGCAGAGAUGGAGGAGAAGAUGGUAGCUGGAUUUUCAAAUCACCUCCCCAGUUUGCCUUUACAACCGAGUUUUCCCAAAAUGAGUGUUGAACGUCGUGAUAGUGAGAAUCCAGCAAACAGUUUGAGUUCCGUGGAUGGAAUGGUGAAGAAAAGAGAGUAUGAUAACCCAUACUUUGAACCACAGUAUGGGUUCCCAGCAGAGGAAGAAGAGGAUGAACAGGAAGAAAGCUAUACACCGAAGUUCAAUCAGAACCUCAAUGGCAAUCGGUGAGAUAUCACUAAAUUCAGGACUCCAUGAAGGCCACACUGGAAUUUUACUAAUCUUGUUACUUUGUGCUUAGUACCAUGCAUUAUCCUCAGAAAAUCCCCUUGCAGUUCAGAUAUCUUCUAAUGAUUUUCUUAGGUGUUUAUCGUAUUCCCUCAGACCUAGAGGGAUAUAUAUUAAACACAUCAGCAUUUCAGGACCUACAGUAUCAAGGAAGCUUCUGUUCUCUGGUGCAGUCCUGCACCACUUGGGGGAACACAUGAAGGAAGGAUCUAUGUGGGUUUUCCCCAUGUGACAGCCAGCUGGGAUAGACAAUGACAACUUGGAGGGAAAAGUCAUAUGAUUUGACCACAUAGUUCUAGUAUUCACAACCACAUAUGUAGCAGCUUGGGACCACAGCACUUUGAUGAGUCCCUGUAUUGAGUGGGACAUAUAAUUACUUGGGGAAGAGGCCUUUAAUUAUUCUCUUGGAAGUAUUUCAAGAUGUUUACUGUUCUGGUUGAUGGGUGGUACUUCGAAUCUGCAGAAGAUCACUUUUCUGUUGCCUUUGUUUUCAUACUUGCUCUAUUCUAAAAUAGGCAUCAGUUGACAUGGCAAUUGCCAAACUGACACCAUAUCAGCUGUUUGUGUUACUGAUACGAGAUGGGGCCCAACAAUCUUUUGAGUUGCAGGAUACAGAACGAUGCCAACAAUGUAACACCAUUGUCUUUUCUUUUAUAGGCCUCUGCAGCCUCUGCGCCCCAACAGCUUAAAGCUAGGCAACGAGUCUGAUGCGGAAUCGGAUUCUCAUGCCAGUUCCCCAAAUUCUACAAUAUCCAACAACAGCAGUGAAGGUUUUGGGGGCAUUAUGUCCUUUGCCAGUAUGUAUAAUUGUUUCUUAUUUGCAAAUUUGAACAGCAGGUGGGAAGAAAGUGGGGAAGAGACCCACAGAAAGAAGAAUACUUAAUGGAAAUAAAGUAUUUGACCCAAAGGCACCAACCCUGUGAAAGUCAUUGGCUAUUGCUUAAUACAUGACAUUCAUCUACUGCUUGCAUCUUUUGCAAAAGCAGAAGCAAGGGAAGCAACAGGAGUCUUGGCUUAUUAGAGAAGAAUAGGGACUGGGUUUGGUUAAAUGUUAGCACUAGGGAGCAGACCUUGGAAUUGGGAGCUGGAAAUUAGUCUGGGUAGCUCAGAGAGCAACGUUGGUGUGCUUGGUGCCAAAUUGAAUGAAGGAAGUGUACUAAUCAGUACUAAUAGUCGCUUACUCAGUACUAAUAGUAUGCUCUGUCCUCUGUGACCCUUAAUAUUUACAUUUUGCUUCUGCUUUCACAAUUGCUGAGGUUUGCAGGUAUAAUAAACCACAUGCAAAGGCUAUAGCAGGAACUGGUGUGAAGAAGAUGAUGAUGAUUUUCAUUUACAUUUUGCCCUUCCUUCUAAAGGAGCUCAGGGUGGUGCACAACAUAAAAAAUACAGUGGAUAAUUGAAAAUAGUAUAACAAAGCAGCAUGAUAACAGUACUGUUCAAUCUCAGAACCAAUUUAUGGCCAAAAUGACAAAAGUGGCAAAAUAUGUUUUAUUAUUGUCUAAAUAGUAACUAUGUAGGGAACAACACAAAUUCCAUGGGGAGGGAGUUUGUCAGUUGUGGAUCUGCCACCAAGAUGGCCCUAUGAGGGAGGUGCUUUUCAAUUUGCUUUGGCCUCAAGCUAUUUGGGCUUUAUUACAUCAGUACAAACACCUGGAAUUUGCCCUAGUAGCUCACAGGCAGUCAGUGCAGAGCUCUGAUGAUUGCUGUAAAAUGAUCCCAUCUACUUCCCCUAUUUAACAGCCUUGCUGUCACAUUCUUCAGUCGCUGCUGCUUCUGGGCUGUCUUUAAGGGUAACCUCAGGUUAGGUAUGGAAGAAUCUAUCAGUUUUGGUUCUCUCAGUUGUUCAUUUUACCAAUCUUCUCUGCACUUCCCCACAUUUCUGAAGCAAUUUGCAAUAAAUUAAGAAAAAACCCCUGUGAAAAUGCUUCACGGUUUUAGCCUGAAUUUCUCCUCAUAAACACAUAUUUGUAUAUACUUUUGAUUGCUGUCCACAUUUCUGCAAGCAAAUUCUCCUAAUAUGAUGCAUUUUGUAUGUUAUUUUCACUAAUAUAGUCAUUUCUAUGCAAUUUCAUAUAUGCAUUUUUGUAAAUGUUGGUUGGAGAACUGCUUCACAAAAUUCAGAUAAGCGCAAAUUUUGAGGGAAGACCGUUUCCCAUAUUGUUUUGAAAAGUGCAAAUUUGAUAUUUUCAGCUUUAAAUGUGAAUUGAAUCAAAUUGCUCCCUUAUCCCUCCCCUACAUUUGUGAGGUUAUUAGUACAUAAAUUAUUGAUUUCAGGCUAUCCUGGUCAAACAGCGUCUUUAGAUGGUUAACCAGUCAUAGUUGAUCACUGAGGCCACCUGUGUCUCCAAUGGCAGGUUUGAAUCAAGAACACCCAUGCUAUGUGCCUGUUCCUUCAUGGGGAGUCUCCCUAAUUCCUGGACUUGGACCACCUACCUAUAGCGCUUCCAUCUUACAAUGAUUCACCUUCAGAUUAAUGGCUCUCACUGAGUCCAUCACUGCCCCUAGGCACCAGUCCUGCACAGCCUCUCCUGAUUCAGAUGGAAUAGAGAGUGGGUGAGCUGAGUGUCUUAAGCACAUUGAUGGCACUGAGCCCUAAAUUCCAGGAUGAGUUGUUCCAGUGGUUUCAUAUAGACAUUAAACAGCAAGGGGGUGGGUGGAGAUGGAACUUUGCUGGAUUCCACAGGACAUAGUGCCAUGGAAUUGAGCAGAAGCCCCACACUCAUUUCAUGACAUCCUGAAAAGUUAAGCCCUUCAUAGCUUUGGAAUCAGCUUUGGGCGUUGAGAUCUUCUGGUGGGACCUGUUCCAUGAGCUUUCUCCAACUGGGGUGAGUGAGGUUGACAGAAACUAGCAACAAGACAUGUUUGGUGAUGGGCCCUAGUUAUGUAGUGCUCUUUUCUACAAGGAUUGUGUUGCUAGCUCCUUUUUGAAAUUAAUUCAGAUAGGGCACAAACCCUAUUCAGGUGGUGUUCUCAUGCAAUAGAGGAAUCACUGUAGCUGGGAUGUGCUAGUUAACUUUGCACAGCCCCACUGUUUUCCUUGUAUGGCAAACAACUGCAGUGUGCAGCCUACUGUAUUUGUCCUAGAUAUCCAUGCACUUAAAGUUCCCUGCUUGCAGAUAUUUGCCCUCCAAAACACCAACAAUAGAGGGGCGGGAGAUAAGAAUGUAGUGGAAGGGAGAGAGCUAGCUCAGGUCUUCCCUCAUUUGUUUCCAAUCACGUCAGGUGAGCAACAUUGUCAUAGGGCUACUAAUUCUCCUGUUCAAUAGUACUGCUGUCUCAAAAAUAGUGGUUCACCUGUGUUUUGUGUUGGGUCCUGCUCCCUUUGAACAAUCAGGUAGUGCACCAAUUGUACAUGUUCCUGGAGAAGGCAGAUAAUAGCCGAAGUUGUGUAUGCACUGGUUACAUCAAGUUUGAACUAUUAUAAGGUGCCUUAAGUGGAUUGCCCGGGGAAAAUGUACAGAAGCUACAACUAGUGCAAAAACCAGCAAACAAAAUUUAGGCAUGACUCAGAUUUUGGGGGAGAGUGAGGGCUCAUCCACACUUACCUUUGGCUCUGCACUUUCUAAUCACAGGUGUGUACUUUAAAGCUCCAUGUCUGAGCACUUUUUUUCCCUCCAGAGCUUUCCCCAGGAAAACCCACUCUUUAAUGCCGAAUUUGAACAAAUGGCAAUUCUGAUUUACCGUUUGCUCCAAUUCAACAAUAAAGAGUGGGAAAAGGCUGGGGUAAAAAAAAAGAGUGCUUGGACACAGUGCCUUGAAGUGCAAACCUCUGCCUGGGAAUAUGGCACAAAGGAAGUCUGGAUGAGCUCUUACUCUAUCAAUUUAACUGGCUUCUGGUCUGUUUCAGAGCCCAGUUUAAAGAGCUGGUUACUUAAAGCCUUGGGCCAAUAAACUUGAAUGAGCUACUCUGGUUACCAGUUGUCAUUUUUUCCACAAUAGCACCCAGGCUGGGGUGAUCUGGGUGGCUGCCUCUCUAGAGACAUUUAGACAUCACCUAAAACAAUUUUUAUUCCAGCAGGUCUGUGGUCUCACAUGCUCUUGAUCCUGCCUAACCAUUGUGUUAGUUCCCAGUCUUUUUUAAAGCUGAAUUUUAUCUGCUGUGUCGAUUUGAUGUUUUAAAUGAUUUGAAUGUUAACUGCCUUGCACAUUUUAAGAAUGAGAUAGUGGAAUGUAAGUGAUGGAAUGUCAAGAUUUUGAAUUAAAUACAUUCAUUUCAUUGAAUAAACGAAAUGGAGAAGUAGAGGAACAGGAUAAACAAGUAAAGUGUUUAUUCUGCCUCCUCCUCCCCUUGUCUCAUUUCAAAAAUAUCUUCAUGAAUCGUAGCAGAAGUAAGGAACUAUUCCAUUUCUCAUAGAGAGAGAGAGCCUGCUGUUGAGGGCGAAACUACACAUGAUGCUAAAUGUGGCAACAUGCAGAUUUUUGAAAUUGAAACAGUAUCAGGUGAUGGGGGGCUACUAAUUUUGGGGAUCAAACCUCCUUCCUCCUCCUCAGACCUGUCAGUUGCUGGGACCCACAUGUCCCAGCAAAGCUCACUGGGACUCAUGCCCUGGUUCCACCCCUGUACCUGCCAUCCUUUGCCUACCUGGUAGUGAUGCUUCUAUGGCCACAGCCUUCACCUGGAGCUCUUGCAAAGUGGUGGCGCCUGCCCUGAGGAAUGCCCUUCCAUCAGAUGUCAAGGAAAUAAACAACUAUCUGACUUUUAGAAGGCAGCCCUGUUUAGGGAAGUUUUUAAUGUUUGAAGUUUUAUCGUGUUUUUAAUAUUCUGUUGGGAGCCGCCCAGGGUGGCUGGGGAUGUUGUUGUUGUUGUUUUCACAAGGGGAGGGGAGGCUGGCAGGCUGGCCCAUCCCUUCCCUCUGGGUGUUUGUGGUGCCAUACAUAAGAGGAAGGAGGAGGCUACUAGCAACUUCCCCUGCCCUUCACUUGAAAGCUUACUUUAUAGCCAAAAGUACAUAGUGACCUGGAAGCCAAGUAGCUGCCCAACUUGUGGCCUGUUACAGGGCUGCUUCCACUAUGAAUAUGCCCAUGGAAAAGUGCAAGGAGGAUGACAAUGCUGGCUUCUGCAGUAGCAAUGCCAUUGGAAGACCCAAGUGAUGACAGGCACUGGGAAGGGCUCAUUAAGUGCUGAAGGGGCCAUGAAGGGCAGCCCGUCAGGCCUAUCUUUUCUACUUUGGUCCUGAUGAAAUCCCUCUUCUGAAACUGGAAUUUCUUGGGCUGGGGGAAUUCCCCAUUAGUGCCCACCAGCUGAUGCUACCUGCAUGUUUAAAAACCUUUAUGCUGCAUUUAAGGUCAUGUCUAGUUUAUCCCAGAGUGCAGAAAGCUGUUCAGAUGUAAACUGCACAGUGAGUUUCUGAAUGAGAUAAGGGGAUGAUUAGAUCACUUGAUUUAUUUUAUUUUUGUUAUAGGUAGCCUAUACAAGAACCACAGCACAAGCUUUAGUCUGUCCAAUUUAGCCCUUCCAACCAAAGCUGGGAGAGACAAAAACACUCCAUUUCCUAGCCUGAAAGGUAAUCACUUUUCCUUGCCUUUUACUGCUUUCAGAAUCCCUUUGAUUGCCAAGCAGUCACAGAAUUACACCCAACCCUUAAAAAAAUCAUUUUGGGAAACCAGGCAUUCUAGAAUUAGGAAUUCAUUUUGGGUGAUGCUUCAGAUUUCUUAAGCAGAAUUCUUUAAGUGACUAUUAAUUACACUUUUUAGUAUGGAAGGGAGUAUUAUUUUUGGUCUGUCUUUAUUUUAAUGCACCGGCUGUAUGAAAUGCACUUUGGUGGAAAGAGAUUUUGCAUAAAGUGAAUGCAAAGUCUUAAUCCUCUGGACUGAUUUAAUUUCACAGACCCCACAUGGAGGCUGCUGAAAAGCCCUUUCCCUGGCAACAGUCUAUGUGGCAAGCAUAGCCUUAGUGUGUUUGUGUGUGUUGCCUCAGAUGUAUACAGCUGCAUAUCACUGCUGUUGGCUCUCCUGGCACAUGGACACUGUCAGCCCAGAUAGAGAGAGACCAACCUGGCAAGGAACUUUUCAACUUUUCACCAGUUACGUGAAACACUUUCAUGGGAAAGGCUAUCACGUUUUAAAUUGUCCCUUAUCUAAAGGGCUAAAACUUACCUUAAGAGGAAAAUUAUUGAAAGCCGUUCAUUUGGAGCAAUAGGACUUAGCUAAGGUAGACUUCUUAAAUCUGGAAAAAUAUGGAGUAGAAUCUGUAGAAAUUACUCCAGGUUAUCUGUACUACAGUUGGUUUUAGUCAUAAGUGUUGUUAAAGGAAAGAUAAACUGUAAUUUACCAUUGUUUGAUUUUGCAUUGAAUCUUUUUGGUUGCUCAGCUGGAAGAAUGCUUUAUUUUUAAUAAGUUGCUUUUAAUAAGUUGCUUUUAUUUAUUUCUUCCCCCUCUCCAUUUUCAUCGGUAAAGAUUACUUUAAUCUGGAAGUGGGAAGGGAUGUGGAUGAAGGUUGGUAUGAUGUUUGCUGACCUUUGACCUUUUAGUAAUAAAGGCCAAAAGUUAGUUUUGUGUUGCUGCAUUGGACUUUGCUUUGGAUAAGAGUUAACAUUUUCUUAGGGGUGUGUGUGUGUGUGUGUGUGUGUAGAAAAACCAGAAACCAACGCAGAAGGACUGUGAGUAGUUUGGUGAAGACUCUGCAUGGUCUCUGGGGAUAUUUCCAUUUGGUCAUAUUCCUAUAUUUGUUUGUGCAGAGAUCUUCUGUUAGCUAAACCUAUUAUUGAUAGCACACAUUGGAAGAAAACAGUGAUGGGUUUUUCCGUGUCUUUCCAUGCUUUGUGUCUCAUCUUCUGCAGUUUAUUGUCAUUUCUUGAUGACUCUUGUUCCAUGUGGCAUCUCCAAUUUUCUAUAGGAUAAAAUUGUCAGUAAUUUAGUCAGUUUCAUAUAUAAAGAAAAAAUUAUAACCUGACUGACCUGACAGGUAUCAUACUAGUUGGGUGGUGGGGAUAGCAUGGUAGUAGAUAUUUAGGUGAGAUGACCCUUGGGGGACCAUUCCAACUCUACAAUUUAAUGAUUUGUGUAUGCCAGGUAAAUAUCAAUUUUCUUAAUGUUUGAAUUCUUUGAGAUACAAGACGGGUAGAUGAUAUUUUUUCAUUUCAUUCAUUGCCAUUGUUCCAUUACCCUUUUCAACUAUUCAUUAAUGUUUAGUUUUAUUUACCUUCAUGUUCUGAAGGGAGAUAAGCUUUAUUUUUUGCAGUUCCUGUGAAAUAAAAGAUGACAUUAAUAAUUCCUAAAAUAGAAGCAUUAUUCCUGAAUUGAAUGGGGUUCAGAGUAACUUUUGAGCCUUCAAGUGACCUUAAAUCAGGUUAGGACACAUCUACACUAGAAAUGAGAGCUUGUGAUUUUGUGUUUCGAAGCCAUUAGGGUUGGGAAAUUUGUUUCAAAAUGUGCUUCUACAGAGAUGAUUGUUUUGAGUCUCUCUACCAUACUGAAUGAGCACAGCUAAUACUCACAAGGCAUACAAGGGCAGUGCUAAUCCCAGUGCUAUUAUUACAGAUCCAAGGACCAAAUCAAGAACAAGCACAAUUACAGGUGGGCUGAUAGAACAGGGAAUGUACGAAUCCUCCCCUGCUACACUGGCUAGUUAAUACCUCUUCCUUAAGUUUUCCUUCCACUUUUAGUUUAUUCCUAUUUAGCCAUGGGGAAAGCUUUUAUCUGGACCACCCCAGUGUAGAUGUUCCCCAACAUUAAUCCAAGGCUGUUUUUGAAAGAGAGGGGAUUAAUCAAGUAACUAAUCAAAUAUAAAAAUGGUGGUGAUUUUGCAGUGCACUACUAAUUGUUUAUUUUGUGUCCCAGUAUUUGGGCUAAAUACUAUAAUGGAGAUUAUUACUGAAGCUGGGCCAGUAAGCAAUGAAGGUGGGUUCCUUGCAUUAUGAACUGUGCAUGACAUACCAACUCCCAGCAAGCAUUCUUGUGCCUGUCUUUUGGGCAAAUUUUCCACUGGAAGCCAGUAUCAUGUGAUUUCUACUAGUCACACUCCCGUAACACAUUGCUUUUCCAUAUGUUGCCUAAUCAGAAGAUGGUUCUUGUGGCAGAAAUGCAUGCAGAGCAGCCAAACUCCUGCCUUUCAUCUUCUGCUCUUGUUACCAUCUUCUCUUUUGUCUCUGUCUCAUUCCCAUUACUGUUUUCUGCCGAUGUAUGAUGCAAUAAUACAAAAUAUGCUGCUGCUUUUCCAAGUUUCUUUGUAUGUCCAUUUAAUUAAGUGUUAGCUGACUUUUGUGUGUCUCUUUGGUAUUGUUCUUGGACUUGGGCAUCCUUUUCAGUAACUGUUUUCUUGUUCUGCUUCCUCUCUUAUUCAGGAAAUAGACGAGCACUUGUGGAUCAAAAGUCUUCUGUUAUAAAGCACAGCCCGACGGUGAAAAGGGAGUCUCCUUCACCACAGGGACGAAGCAGUAAUUCCAGGUAAAAGCAUCUGCUUAGAGUUGCUGUACAAUGCAAAAUGAGCUUUAUAUGGCAUGCCCUGGGCAUGUCUGCUCUGAGUAUAAGAAGAUCUGGUGAUGCUUGUAAAAAGAAAAAUUAAAGAAGGUGACCUACCCUUUAUCUUUAAAUCUUACUGUAAUGGAUUACACAAUUGAUCAGUUCAUGCAAGUUGCCUCCACUUAGUUUUGGCUGUUUCUGUCCCAGUAGAUCUUGCACCACAUCCAACCCUAUUCCAGUAUAUCUUGUGACUCUUGAAAGCUGCUUUUUAGGGAGGGUAGGAGGGACAAUAUGUUGAGGCCAGACUAGGAAACCCACUUUCACAAAAUGUCUUCUGUUUGCACAAAUAAGAAACAGCCAAAUGCAGAAAUAAAAGGAGGUAUUAAUGGUUACUGAGAAAAGUAUAGGGAUUGUAAUUCAUAACAAAUGGAACACAUCAACAGUGUGAUGCUAGGUUUCAAGAGUCUAGUUUAGAUGGGCAGCAGGAAACUUUGGCACAAAAUGAUAGUUAAAGGCUGUUUCUGCUUUGCUGAGCCACAGAUCUAGGUACAGCCCCAUCUCUUCCUUUCUGCAGUGGCGCUCCACAUGGCAGAAAGGGCUGGGGAAGUGUGAUAGCCACAAUUCUUACCCCAGCCUAGUUAUUCCAGCUGCUCGACUUGAGUCAGUGAUAGAGAUAUAUAGCAGGAUCUGAUGCAGGUUGCAUCAAGGAUACCUAGCAUAUUAUGGUUAGAGUUGAAGUCAGCUUGGCUAAAUACAGAUAGAUUUAUGUUGUGUCAGUAUCCUCCUAUUGUAAAGUGUAAUAUACCUAUGGAAGUGUCCUGGAGGGUUAUGCCCCCUAUUGCUUGUGUAUCCAUAUAAUAUAGUGAGAACCAGCAGUUCUUGAAAGAGGUGGUGCACAAUGUCCUAGAUGGACAAGGAGUUGGUUGGUUUCACAUGAAGAGAGUCCGCCGUCUCCUGGAGAGUGAGCAGCUCCGUGUCUUUGUAUUAAGCAAGCUUAAUCGCACCAUCCAAUCGGAGGAAGAUGCACGGCAGGAUGUUGUCCAGGAUGUGGUCAGUUCUCUGUUCCUCUUUUCUUUUAAAUGGUUUUAUUUUGUCUUUCUGCUGCAGUGCUCACAGUAAAACCAUUACUAAUAAAUCAUAAAUUACAAAACAACAAUAAGUUAAAAACCCAGUACUUAGAAUAUCAGAGACCCAGUUAGACGAAUGGUGUCUAGAAUAAACAUACCUUCAUCACCUCCCAAAAGGCAAGCAUGCUGCAAUGGGAAAGGUGCAUCCCCCUAGGCAAGCUGUUUCUAAAUCUACGUGUCACAAUAGAGAAACCUAUUUCUCUCAUGCCUGUACAAAGGAUGGGAAGGGAACGUGGAGAGGGCCUUUGAAGUGCAGCAGAGUUCCUGGGUUCACAUGGGAAGAAGUAAUUCUGAAACAAACUUGUUACCAUGCCAUAUAGGGCUUUAGAGCAAGGCAGAGAAAUGAGCCUGGAAACCAGUUGAUAAUCAGGGCAGUUGAUGAAAGACCAGGGUGAUAUCAUUCUCAUCUCCCUUAAUGGGAGUGAGUAUACUGCUUCAUUGGGAUCAGGAAAUGCAGACAAGAGGUAGAGCUUAGUGUCAUCUGGAUACUGAUGAUACCCAAGCCAAAAGCUCAGGGUGACUUCAACCAGACAUGUUAAGCAGCAUGGAGGACAAGAUGGGCCAUUGAAGCACUCCAUAAGCCAAAGGUCAUGGGGCCAAGUAGUAGACCUUCUGAGACCCUUGAGAGGUAGGGUGGUGGUGAUGAGGGAGACCAGAACCACUACAGAGCUGUGCCUCCCAACUCUAUCCCCUCUCAGUGGCCCAGAUGGCUGCCAUGGCUGACAAUACUAAAAGCUGCUAGGAGCAUCAACAGGGUCAGAUGCCUCAUGCCCAUCUUUUGGUACAGAUCAUCUACCAAAGUGACCAAGGCCAUUUUUGUUCCAAAUACCAGGUCAGAAACCAGAUUAGAAAGGAUCCUAACAAUCAGAAGGGUAUCCAACCGAACAGUUCUACUAGCACAAGGACUUUCGGCUGUGUAAUGGAACUUCCUUCUCUCUCUUCUCCCCAUGCACCUGUGUGACCCCCAGAUCUGCUGUGGAGGGUUGAGGGAAACCAAGAAGACCUAGAACUGAUUACACUGAAGUAACUUACUGAAAAAAGGCAAAUUAAAAACAGGAUGAAAGCUACUGAGAUCAGUGGGAUUGAGUGAGAUUGAGUAAUGGUUUUUCUAGAGAGGCUUCACAACAGUUUGCUUAAGUGCUGUCAGAACCUCCCCCUACUUGAAAAAGCAUUUGCACAGAUUUAGUUAACAGAGGUAAUUCUAUAAAGAUAAAUUCUCUUUUAGGUACAGAAAUAGCUCUGUAGUAGAGCACAUGUUUGUAUGCAAAAGGUCCCAGGUUCAGUCUCUGGUAUCUUGAGGUGUGGUGUCUGAAACAUUGGUGAGUUGCAUAGAGAAUACUAAGCUAGAGGAACUAUUGGCCUGACUUGGUACAAAGCAGCUUCCUAUGGUCCUAAGCUGAAGGAGGCGUAGUUAAGCUACAGAAAAUUAAUUAGAAUGCAAUGGAAUUAUGGCUUACUUUAGUGGAAGUGAAACAGGUUCCUAAUAAAUGACGCAUCCUCACCCUUAUGAAUGUUUCCAUUGUAGGAGAUCAGCCGCAAGGUUUAUAAAGGGAUGUUGGAUUUGCUGAAAUGUACUGUGUCAAGCCUUGAGCAGUCAUAUGCAAAUGCUGGACUUGGGGGAAUGGCAAGUGUCUUUGGUCUGCUGGAAAUAGCUCAUACUCACUACUAUAACAAAGGUAAGAGAAUAGGAUAAACCAAUGAAUUAUAUAAAAUAAAUGAAUGUAAAUCUGUGAAAUGCCCUACUUGUUGUAGAGCUGAGCUAGUCUGACUUUCUGGCACAACCAAUAGAGUAAUUACUGAACCGUGUAAAAGAAAUUUACUGGAAUAAGUAUUUUGAAUUGCAUCUAUAAUUCUAUAAGUACAAAUAGUUUCAUGGAGAAAAUGAUUAAUGUAUUUUCAGUCAACUCCAGUACAGAAUGCCUUUACUUUGUUUUCAUUGGCACAUCCAAAUGUUUGUGUGAAUUAAUUUCAUUUCAGCAGUUCAGCCAUGAGAAAAAGUGCAAAUAUUUAGCCUCUUAAGGAAAAGGCCCAUGCCCCAAUAGCACUUAUUUAUUAAGCACAGUGGGGAUGAUACAGUUGUAUAUAAGGGCCAUGGUGUGUAUAUAAAUAGUAGGGGUGGAGAACCAUUGGCCCUCCAGAUAUUGCUGAACUACAGCUCCCUUCAGUACAUUACAGUUGAACUCUUGAACUCAGAGACAUUGAAUAGUAAUUCGUAAGAUUGCAUAUAUAUCUGCAAGAGUGAUAUGAGACUGUACAUAUAUUCUUUGAGUCUGUAUUAUUUUGUGUUAUAUUAUGCUUUGCAUUGAGAUAUUUAGUGUAUAAUAUACUUUCAUUUUGCAUACAGAGCUUGUGCUUGAUGAGAACUACAGCUCCCAUCAUCACUGACCAUGCUUGCUGGGGGUUGUAAUUCAGCAACAUACGGAGGGCCAACCAUUCCCUGCUCCUGUUACCCAGCGUCUUGCCUUACCAAGCUUAUGAUGGGGUGGGGGAGGAAACAUUAUAUACAGGGAGCUUCUGGCACCCAUUCAAAUUUUACUGGAGGUUGAGAAAUUUAAAAGAGUACAUUCUGUUGGUGGAGUGUGGGAGGUGAGAGGGUUGCAAUGAGCAGUCUGCAGUAUUAUCUAAAUCUAGUAUCCAUGUUGUGCCCCAGAACAAUUGGUUUUUCUUUACGUUUUGAAACUUGCCAUGAGAACUAGAAAGACAAAGAGCUGGAAUUAUUGUUAAUUAUUAGUAAAGUAAAGAUAAAGGACCCCUAGACAGUUAAGUCCAGUCAAAGGCAACUAUGGUGUGCGGUGCUCAUCGCGCUUCAGGCCGUGGGAGUUGGCAUUUGUCCACAGACAGCUUUGCAGGCCAUGUGGCCAGCAUCACUAAACCACUUCUGGCACAACGGAAGACCGUGAUGGAAACCAGAGCACAUGGAAACACCGUUUACCUUCCCACAGCAGCGGUACCUAUUUAUCUACUUGCACUUGUAUGCUUUCAAACUGCUAGGUUGGCAGAAGCUGGGGCAGAGCAAAGGGAUUCCCUUAUGAGAUGUAGUUUGAUAUUGCCCCGUAUUAAAUUUGUUUAAAGUCCAUAGUAUAGUACUACUUACUGGAUCUUAGGCUUUCCUGCAGAAAGUCUUCUGGAGAAAAUUUUAGCCAGUCAAUCUUGUGUGAGAAAUGGUACUUUGAGGUACUGGGUGCAAAGCCUUCAGACCAUGUGUUUUGAACACUGCUUUUGAACAUUGAUUUUGAGAUCUAAAUGUGAGAGCUGUUUUUUCAUUAUCUGUAAACAAAUGAUUAACGCCAUCUGAACAAUCUUUUUCUUCUGUACUCUUCUCCCAUUUUUUUUUCUUAAUCCUUCUAUUUUUACCAUUGCUGGUAUGUGUUUUUCUUUUUUUCUUUUUUGGCUGCUGAUUUCUCUCUCCUCCUUUCUUUUAAAGAGCCAGAAAAAAGAAAACGAAGCCCAACAGAAGGAGCAAUCACUCCGGUUGGCAAGGACCCUAUGUUAGCCACGAGGGUUGAACCGAAACCCAAGGUGCAACUGCCAGUACCCCAGCUCCUGCCAAGGGCCCCAAGCCCUGCAGGGAAAGGGCCGAGGGAGUUUGACACAAGGAGUCUAAAGGAGGAAAAUUUUGUAGCUUCUAUUGGUGUGUAUUUAUGUGUAUAUGGAAUGCAGGAAAGUGUGCACUGCAUUAGAAUCUGAUUGCAUCUUUCCCAUUGAAACAUUUGCCUUAUCAUUGCUGCAGUAAUGUGCUUCACUCUCACUCGGACUGCAAAGACUAUUCAUAUAUGCUCUUCUCACAGCUUGGAGAAAUAUUGGCUAAGCAUUUCUGGUGUUUCUAUGCUUUUUGGAAUUUUAUGGCCAGGCUAGUGAAGAUAGCCAUAUGAUGCUGGCAUAGGGAACUUUAAUCAUUGUUCAUAUAGUCUUACAGGCAGAAUAGUCUGGUCUGUAAUGGAAACAGUUUCUUGGGAGUGUGUGCACCAGGGACUAGUUGCCACAAAAACAAAUUACUAUUGAGAGGAAAAUGGCCCAGUACUAUGCCAUUGAUUUCUGGGGAUCUGCUCCCAAGUACAAGUGUGCAGGAUUGCAGCUUUGGACUUCAUGUUCAUUCAUCUUCAAUUCUAGCCCUUGUGCUGUGGGUGUUUCUGUAUAAUGUAUAAUCUUAUAUUUUCCACCAAAGCAAAACCUACAAGAACAAAUAUAAUACUUUUUGCUACGUUCACUCACCAUCCAAAGGACAGAAGGAAAUAAAGUUUUGAGGGUUUCUAGCAGACAAUGCCAUGCAUAUGUAGAAAAAAAGAGUCUACCCAGUCUCAAGAGAUUGUGCAAAGACAACUAUAUAAUUGCAAACAUAUUUGUCAGAUGGGUUUCUGAAGCAUGACUCCCCUCCCAUAGUUUGAGAUGAAUUCCCUGUGAUGGAUACAGUAACCUUCUGUACCAAUGUGCAUAGGGAGCAAGCGGAAUUGUGAUGGAUGGGGAAAGAAGGGCAGCCAUGGUGUGUAUACCUUUAAUAAAUAAUAGCACCAGGGAAUGGAGGGAGCCUCCAGAAAUCUCAUUUUCAGUUUGAAUGUGCUUAUCGCUGUUUGUUUAUUUGGUGUUGUUGCAUCAAAUAAAGCAUGGGGAAAUUGAUUAGGUUUUCUGGAUGAAUUAUAAUUAGCUGUCUUUCUCCUACUGCAGACAAAUCCUGAAUUGCUCUGAAGUGUUCUGAGCCUGUUUCCUCUCCCAUUUCUAUCUGUGCUUUCCCAUACCCUGUUUCCAUAGCAGAAGAAACUUUCUGCACUUAUCUUUCUCUGCUCUUGUAAGAGCUGAGUUUGCUUCUUACUUUGUAGCAUUCCCAGCUUCUUCCUUCCUAUAAUUUAUUAUUUAUACCCCGCCCAUCCGGCUGGGCUUUCCCAGCCACUCUGGGUGGCUUCCAACAAAAUAUUAAAAUACAGUAAUGCAUUUCCAACUUGAAUUUCCAUUAAGCUUAUUAUGAUUCUGCCACUGGCCCGUUGGGCCAGCAUCUAGAAUUAUCUGAAGUUUUCUGCCACAGGGAUGAAAAUUUAGGAUAUCAUUUGAACAGAAUGGUGUGUAUUUCUUUUUUAGAUCCCCUCCCCAUUUUUUGCUAUUCUUUUCGCCCUGAUGAAAAUGAUUUGGAGUCUGAUAUAGUUAACAUACAUAAAGCUAGAAGAAGCCCAGUGGUUAUUACAGGCAUAUUCAGACCCAAAUUAAUUGUUUUUUUACAUAGUUUUUUUUAGUGUUUAUAGAAAUAGUUUUUCUUAUCCCUUAUUACACUUUGAAUUGAAAUAUAUUUGGUGGUUUGGGGCGCAUUGAUACAUAAAAUACAUACUGUAUUCUUUGUGUAACCACUGAUAAGAAACUUUAAAUGUUGGACAUAAAGAACCUGACACUGUCUCUUUUUAAUCUGUCAUUUCUGUGAAGGCAAAUGAGAUCAGGUAGGUGAGUCUCACUUAGCUGUUCUACUCAGCCAGUUAAUUAUAUAUAGGUAUUAAUUUUGAAAUCUUUUGAAUGAAGGCGAUGGAAGUCUCUACCCUGUUCUGACUGAAGAUGUGAUUAAUUAUUCACAUGCCAGUUAUCAUUAAUUUCUGCUUUGGUACUGCAGGAUUGGGUGGCUUAUUUUUUAUUUUUAUUUUCCAUUUCCGCCUCUGAUCAACAUCUGACAUUUUUUCUGUCUUUCUCUCCUGCUUACAUUGCAUCUUGAGUAGAAUUGUGGAACAAGCACAACGAAGUGUCAAAGCAAAAAGCUUUGGAAAAACUGAGUAAGAAUAUGAUAAAAGGACAGAAACUUGACACUCCUCCAAGCCUCCCCAUAACUGCCAACUCUCUAAGCCUUUGAUUGAACACCCAUGCCACAUGAGCCAUAGGGCAGACAAAGGAGGUCACUAUUUCUUAAAGAAAUCUAGUGUUGGGGUUCACUGAAUAGCCCUUUUUGUAUCAGGAGAGGAGAGGGGGAAAAUACAGUCUCUUCCAGCCAAGUUUCAAAUCCUUCCUUACCACUGAAUUAUAAAUUAAAUUUUGGACAGUCUUUCCCCCAUGAAAUUGUAAUCCCUCUUUGGUGGUAAACCAACGUUUUCUGCAAUAUGUGCAUCAUGGAGUGUUCUGUGUAAAGAUAUGUUUGUCCUGAAUUCUUAACCAAUAGCAGAUAUAAAAUGUAAAGUUCAAGUCCAAUGUGAAAGGUCCACAAUUAUUGUUUGAUGAUUAAUUAUUUUGUAUGAGGUUGGGAGUAACCUUGGGGAUUAAUAUGAAGAAUGGUGGUUGACUGGAAAUGGAAUGUGAAGUUCUCCAUCCACAGAGAUGAUGUAUUGUUUUCUAGGUUGUUGUUCUUUGAUUCCCACCCUUGGGACAAAAGAGUGGAAUGUCCAGCUAAGCCCCACUUCAACAUUCUGCUUUUGUUGUUGUUGUCAAAUGCAUAAAACUGAUAGUGCUUAAUAAUGCACAUAGUUAGAAUAACAGAGUCAUAGAAUUGUAGGCUUGGAAGUGACCCUAAGGAUCAUCUGUUCCCACCCCUGCAGUGAAGGAACCUCAGCUAAAGCAUGCAUGAGAGAUGGCCAAUCCAGCCACUAUUUAAAAACCUCCAACAAGAGAGACCGUUACAUUGUUGAACAUCUCUUACUGCUGGGAAGUUCUCCCUGAUGUUUAGUUGGAAUCUUCUUUCUUCUAACUUGAACCCAUUGGUUCAGGUUCUACUCUCCAGAGCAGGCAUAAACAAGCUUGCUCCAGCUUCUGUGUGACAGUCCUUUAAAUAUUUGAAGAUGGCUAUUAUAUCUUCUCUCAGUCUUCUCUUUUCAAGGCUAAACAUACUCAACUCCCUCAACAGUUCCUCAUAAGCUUUGAUUUCCAGACCCUUGAUCAUCUUGGUCACCCUCCUCUGCACACAUUUCAGCUUGUCAACAUUCUUCUCAAAUUUUCUUACAUUCUUAAAUUGCAACUUCUUAAAUUUACAAACUGUAUCUUCACUAUACGGUGUGUGAUUUUUAAAAAUAUAUUGAUAUAUCUAUCUGAUUCCUUUUCAGUAGCACCUGAAUAAAGUAGAAAGUGAUAGUAGAUUGCUCCCUGCAGUUUCAGGUGAAAAUAGGCUAUUGGGGAAGGGUUGAAACUCUCCCACCAGCCUUCCCAUGUUCCUUCUCCUCCACUUCAAAGUGCCUACAGGCUCUUUGUAAAGAAGGAGAGGCAGUUGAAUUUCUGCAGUGUAACAUACAGUUUAUCCUAACUUUAGUGUAACAUAUAGUUUAUCCUAUAAUAUGCCACUUACUGAAUAUUUGAAAAAAAUAUUGCUGACAUAAGUACAGAAGCAACAUUGUAUAGUAUUUCUAUCUGUUUCUACUAUACAGUGAUACCUCGGGUUAAGAACUUAUGUAUACAGUCAUACCUUGGGUUACAGACGCUUCAGGUUGCUCAUUUUCGGGUUGCGCAGCGCACCGAACCCAGAAGUACUGGAAUGGGUUACUUCCGGGUUUUGGCGCAUGCGCAGAAGCGCUAAAUCACACUUUGUGCAGAAGCGCCGAAUCACGAUCCGCGCAUUCGCAGACGCGGCAUUGUGGGUUGCGAACAUUGCGGGUUGUGAACGUGCCUCCCGCAUGGAUCCCGUUCGCAACCCAAGCGUCCACUGUAGUAGCUUAUUUUAUAGCAUCUAUAGAAAUCUUAUUUUAUAAUUCUUUAGAGAACACACUGAGAAUACACAAAAAGGAGUAUCACUACUUAAAUACUGUGAAUAUAAAGUUUGUUGGGUUGUAUAGAGAAGAUAUUAAUUCACAUUAUAGAAGUAUGUAACCAAGACGCCUGUUUAUUUCAUAAAGUAAGCUGGCCAGAUUUAGUCAUUGCUGGUCCUAGGUUCUUUUAAAGAAUACUCCUUUUAAAAGACAGGCUAGUGGGGAAACUUUCAAGGAUGUUUUUAUUAUGCCAUAUCCCAUCUUAUAAGUAAUAGACAAUUAUUCUAAUAGACUGGGGAUCUCUGAAGUCUGUGCCCAUGUUUUUUGAGAACUUCCGUAUUUAGGUGGAGACGUUACUUCCAUACUUAACUGAAGAAGUAGAAGAGACUUGGAGAAGCCUUUGCCUCAUUCUGAUAGCAGAAUGUUUUAAAACUAGACUCUGUAAAAGUGACCCUUCCUCAGCAAAAUUACCUUUAAUUGGGCCAGUGAUUGCUGAGAAGUCAAAUAAUUUAAUUGUGUAAUUUGAAUGCUGUGCGGUGUAAUCCAAUGCAUAUCAACUCAGGCAUUAGUCUCAUAGGGGUUACUUCCAGACAAAUGUGUACAGUGGUGCCUCGCAAGACGAAAUUAAUCCGUUCCGCGAGUCUCUUCGUCUUGCGGUUUUUUCGUCUUGCGAAGCACGGCUAUUAACGGCUUAGUGGCUAUUAACGGCUUAGCGGCUUUAAGAAAAAGGAAACAAACUCGCAAGAAUUUGCAAGAUGUUUCGUCUUGCGAAGCAAGCCCAUAGGGAAAUUCGUCUUGCGGAAUGACUCAAAAAACGCAAAACCCUUUCGUCUUGCGAGGCAUUCGUCUUGCGGGGCACCACUGUAUAGAAUGGAACUUUAACUCCCCUUGAUUUCUGUGAAAUUUAAGUGUUCCCUGUUCUCUGGAAUAUGGUCCUUAUGCCCUUUUAGUCACUUAAUCUUUGAAAUGUAGUCAUUCAAGUCAAAUAUAACUUUGUGUAGGGUUUUUUAUUUAAAGAAAUAGCCAUUUCCCAUCUUUAUGGACUUUUGACUUAGACUGACCAAGUAUUAAAGGUUUGUUUCCCCCCCCCUCACUUAACUAACUCUCUCUGUUGUGCGAUCAAUUAGCUGAAAUACAAAGGAGUAUGAUUGACAAAGGUAUAUUUUUGGCUAAUCCAUACAGAUAAGUCAUCUUGAAGGAAUUGCCUUCUCUGUAUGUAUAACUUUGUUUCCAGCAGUGCCUUGAACCGUGAAUAUUCAUUCACAGUGCUUAACUGUGAAUAACAGUCAGUCAUAACCUUUAGUAUGAUUAAAAAUCCACAGUUAAAUUAUGUGCUUAUUAAAUUGAUUGGAAUAAUAUGUAAAUUAACCAGUUAGUGUUUUCAUAACACCUUUUUAAAUCAUGCUUUUGACUGAUUAAAGGUAUUUUUUAAAAAAAGAAUCUGUUGCUAAUGUACCUUGGUUGUGAACAGAAUCUGAAAACAAGUCCAAUGAAUUUCAUGAUUCCACUUUCUAUUUACUUCUAGCAUCAUAGUUAGAGGCAUCUAAGUACUAACAUAGUCUGGAAAUGUAUGUUAAAGUCAGGUUUAUAAACAAAUGCCAGUUGAUUUUUGGAAUGUUCUAUAUAAUACCCUCUCUUUAAAUAUACUCCAUAGCUAGUAUAUACUACCUUUGGGAUAAGCCGCCCAUCUUUUUGACAAUUCUACCUUCAUGAAUAAUAUGGUCAUCUCAAAAAUGCACACCAAUAGUCUUUUUUUCACGCGCACCAUAUAUAUAAUUUUUCUUUCUCUCUUGCACAUUGUUUCACUUUUUCUGAUGUUGGCAGUAUCUAGUGAUAGACAUCAUACAUCCCACUUGCACUCCUAACUUUUAGUUCAUCAUAUUUAGUGGUAUGUAAGGUAUUGCUGUAUUGUGUACAUAGAGUUGCCACACAUCAUUAUUUGUACACAUCCUAGAUCUGCAAUAAAAUAAAAUAAAAUCCUCCAGCUGCUGGUCAUGUGUCCCUGUUAAGGAACGGUUGGCAGAUAUGGCUAUGGCAGAAGGGUUGUAUUCAGUCUCUUCUCCCUUCGAGCUCUUAAUGGUGACCUGUGUAGUCUGCAGUGUAUUCUUCUCCUGCCUCCUUAUUUCCAUUGCACACAGCUUCCAAACCCUUCUCAAUUCUGUCUCUCCUUUCAUUCAUUUUCUUUCUGUCUUUCAUCUCAUCACGGGAGGGUAAAAAAACAUUAAGCUGCAUGAUCAUGGCAUAAAUCCCUUCACCAUUUGUUUUCUUGAUGGAUAGGGUGGGAUGAUGAAUGCAUGUCUUCGUAGCAGCUGAAACUCACUGCUUCACCUUUGUUGUUACAAACUCUGGAGAGCCAUGUAAUACAUCCCUACAGUGACUGUAUAAUAUUGCUAUUUUGCCCCAAAAUGUCCCAUUUGAAGCUCUCAUUUCUGGUAUGCAGAUGAUUAUUGCUGACUGUUUGGAUGGUUACACCAUGAGUCACUUGGUGAACAUGAGAAAAAUAAUAACUUCGGCUGUGGAUGGUAGCAUAUUAGAUUAAGUACCAAGUGUCCAGCAAUAAGAUCUGCCCCUCUCCAAAAAGCAAACAGCAACAAAAGCAAUCUUGUAUCUGUGACAUAAGGAAGUGGCUUUCCAGAGUCAUGUGUCGACCGUUUGGCAUGCCUUGUAUUAACUGGAAUCUGUCUGGUGCCUGCUUUGUCUCUCUUCCCCUUUUCCUUCCUCCAAUGGGUGACUGUUUAAGGCAGUUGGUCUGCUUCUCAGGUGCAUUUAUGUAUUGGACAGAAUGGUGGCUGCAACCAGCCAGGCUAUAUUUCUGGUUGAUGCUAUUUCAAGAGUACAGGAGAAGAUCCUCUGGUUCCCCCUCUUGGUACUUCUCAUGCACCAAAGCGAUCAUUUGCCUUCUGGUUCUUUCAUUUUCUUGUUCACAGUAAUGAAAUAUCACUUUCCCUCCCUUUAGGGUCAGAAGGUAAAAAACACUCUCAUGAUCUGGGGGAGACAGAUGAGAAGAAAUCCCAAAUCAGUGCAGAUAGUGGGUUGAGCUUAACUUCCAGCUCUCAUGUGAGUGUCUUGAAUAUUUUAUUUAUUAUUUGAGAAAUGCCUCAAGGAGAUUGACAUGGGGGUAGAAUAGUGAGAAUUCCUUGUGCCCUUGUCCAUAGAUUCUGGUUUUCAUUGGGGGGGUGUUUACUCACUUUGGGGAAGCAUUGAUAAUUACCGUAUUUUUUGCCCUAUAGGACGCACUUUUCCCCCUCCAAAAAUGAAGGGGAAAUGUGUGUGCGUCCUAUGGGGUGAAUGCAGGCUUUCGCUGAAGCCUGGAGAGCGAGGGGGGUCGGUGCGCACCGACCCCUCUCGCUCUCCAGGCUUCAGGAAGCUGUCCGCUAGCCAUGGGAGACGCAGCUCUCCCACGGCUAGCGGAGAGCUUGCCGGCACCCAGAAGCUUGGGGCACGCUGAGCUCAGCACGCCCCAAGCUUCGGGCUUCGUGCAGCGCUCCGCUAGCCGUGGGAGAGCCGCGUGGCUUCGCGCAGCUCUCCCACGGCUUGCGGAUAGUAGCCUGUUCUGGGGGCUGGGGUUGGGGGAAGCUCGGGCUUCCCCAGCCCCGCACCUGGGGGGUAAAUAAUUCCCCCCCCUUAUUUCCCCCCAAAAAACCUAGGUGCGUCCUACGGGGCAAAAAAUUCGGUAUGUGAAAGCAACACAUGUUCCAGUGUUGUUGAUUCUGGGAAGCUAGAAACAUGAGGCAUGAGAUUUGCAGUUCCUUAGUAGUCUGGGCCCAAAUAAAAUGUGUGGUCCAAGUCUCCAAGCAGAAAUAGUAAUGACUAAUGUGCAUUAUUUUUCUUCUUCUUUGUUCAUGAUUUCAGAAGAGUGAUUUGGAUUCUGUGGCAAGUGUGGGACCUGCUGUUAUGAUCCGAAGCACCAGCCAAGACUCUGAAGUUAGCACAGUGGUAGGGCAUGGCUGAAGUGGAAUGUUUGUGCUUUAUUUUAGUGGUGUUUUUCAGGCUUGAUCAUUUGCAUGCACUUUCUUACUCAACACCCGUGUAAAUUGCAAGCGCCGAGUGCAUCUCUAGGGCAUACACUCUCCAUCCUUCUCCAGUUUUACAUUUAAUCAUGUCCGCCAAUUGUACAUAAAAUGCUCUGGUAGGUAUGGGGCUCCUAUCCACUGGUCUGUUUUGUAAACUUACAUAUUUUAUUUGUGUUUAUAUUGUUAAAUUGUGACAUUUGUUUUUGGAAAAUAGUUGUUGUAAAUUAAUGAUUGUGGCAAUGUCUACAGUUAUCUUAAAUUGUCCUGUUGGGCCAAAGAAUAGACAUUUAUUAGUGUUCUUUUUCUUUAAAAAAAUCUGACUCUGACUUAAUUUAAAAGUUGAGGCCCAGCCUUUUAUUUUUAAUGACUGAAGCUCUAAAAAAGAAAAAAGCAUUAAAACAUUAAACAGUGCCCUGCAAAUAGUCACUUUGCAUUCUAAAGUAUACUGUGCUGGGUCCCAAUGUAACAUGAGUUAGCACAAACCUGCCCCUUUACUUUUGGUUGGGAUGCAGGAAUUACUGAGAUUUAGCUUUCUCUGGAAUGGCACUCUGAAUAAAUCUUUGUCUCCACAGUAACUACUCAUAUUGAAUAAAGGACUGACCAUUUAAACAGUUUGUUUUCCUCUUCAGGUGAGCAACAGCUCUGGGGAGACAUUAGGAGCAGAUAGUGAUUUGAGCAGCAAUGCUGGUGAUGGCCUUGGUGGAGAAAGUGGUGGAAAUCUGACAGGAUCACGAGGCACCGUGUCAGACAGUGAGAUUGAGACAAAUUCAGCAACUAGCACCAUCUUUGUAAGAACAUGCUUUGGUUUUGCUUAGGAAUUAUUGUAGUGAUGGUGGGUAGUGUAAAAGACCUAUUAGUUUAUGGAAAGCGAUCACAUUAGAAAUGGUCCAUCCUUAGUGAAGAAGUACCAGCAAUUCUGAGCCAGCAUAUAUAUUCCAGGGUGUGCAUGCACUGCAAACUCAAUUAUAUAUGUGGGAAGCACACUGACCUUGUAAGUGUAAAUUGGCUUAGAGUGAUAGACCUCUUAAAGACCUUUGGAAAUCAUAAUGGCCUCAAAUGUCAUAUCAUGACAAUGAAGUAUCUUUGAACUGAGUUGAAUUUGAGAGGUGGCUUAAGCUUUUUCUGCUGUCCACUUUUUACCUUCUGAAUUAUCUUUCUGUUUACAAGGAAUAUAUAUUGCUUGCAGAAUAAUCUUGGUAGUCGAAUACAUAAUAUAGAGCAAUAGAACAUGCCUGAUUAAACUGGCAUUUAAUUUUUCUUUUUAAAGGGUAAAUCUCAUAGCUUGAAGCAGACCAUGAAAGACAAUAAAUGCAGCAGUCCUGGGAGAGCACCAGAAGAUGCAAGCCUACGAGUUUAUCUCUAUGAGGGUCUUCUGGGUACGUGUUGACAUUUAUUUUGUUUGAAGCAAAUUUGUUCAAAGCAUAGGCAUUUUAGUGAAAUAGCAUUUAACAUGCUGAUCUUCUUUGUAGUAUUUUCUAAACAAAAAGAAAUUAAAAGAACAACAAUCUGAUCUAUUAAGUGAAACCUCCAUAGAUGAGUUUUGAAUUCUCUAACAUACCAUAGACAAAUUAUCGGCUAAAAACUCAUGGUUUUCUUCAAAACAUUUUAUAAGAAGUGCUUGUCAUUAGUAUACCAUUUUUUCUGUGUAUAAGACACCCCCAUGUAUAAUACAACCCCUAUUUUUUUGGACCCAAAAUUAAGAAAAACCCCCUCUAAAAUAGAAGUGAAAAUCCAGACAUUUGGUAGUGGCAGUGGAAAGUUGUUGAUUUGUGGGGGGUGCAAUCACCCUCAAAGUUUCCAGCAUGAGGUACAUGUAGUCCAAGGUGGUUCUGGUUACAGCUCGGGAGCAGGGAAGAAGGAGCUCCCUAUGCUUCUAUGCUGUGUGGCAGGAAUUUCUCCCUCCUGCCACCUGCUUAGUUGUUAAGAGAUUAUAGCUCAGCAGCAAAGAAAAUGUGGUCAAGGAUGGGGGUGGGGUUCAGGCCAGAAGGCUGCAUUGGAAGACCCUGUGGGCCACAUACAAUCAGUGGGCUACAGAUUUAUCAUAUUAGGUAAAGGUAAAGGGACCCCUAACCAUUAGGUCCAAUCGUGGCCGACUCUGGGGUUGCGGCGCUCAUCUCGCUUUAUUGGCUAAGGGAGCUGGCAUACAGCUUCCAGGUCAUGUGGCCAGCAUGACUAAGCCGCUUCUGGCGAACCAGAGCAGCGCACGGAAACGCCUUUUACCUUCCCGCCGGAGCGGUACCUAUUUAUCUACUUGCACUUUGACGUGCUUUUGAACUGCUAGGUUGGCAGGAGCACGGACCGAGCAAUGGGAGCUCACCCCGUCACGGGGAUUCGAACCGCCGACCUUCUGAUCGGCAAGUCCUAGGCUCUGUGGUUUAACCUGCUGUCAAAUCAAGUGUAUAUUUAAAAUGGUAUCCUGAGCAGGGAAGUUGUUUCAUAAUGCAGUAUGCUAAAGAUCACGUUAUACUGGUGUAGCAUAUUUUUCACUGCACUUUUUCUCCUGAGUCUCAUUAUUCCAGAAAGGUUGCUCAGUCUUGUUAUAUGUCUCAUUUCUCCUCUUUGCUGCCAUGUUGCUGCUUGCUUGGAACUAUAAAGGGAGGGAUAAAGGAUCUGUCUGGGACCAAUUAGAGGAUGCUGCCAUGGAAACCUUCUCUAUGAGUAAUAAUUCUUCUUUUUGCUUUUCUGUGUGUAUUAAAAAGAUUUCUCACAUGUAUUCCUAUACACUCCACUGUUCUUUUCUUGUUCCUGCAUUCUUCAUUUGGUGAAUACUGAUAGAGGAAAACAAUAACACAGAACGCAAUAAAGUUGGUGCCCUGCUUUAGGCAAGGUAGCAAGAUGGGACCAUAAAUGUUUGCAAUAUAUACAGUGAGUUAGGACAGGGAACUUUGCAUCUCCUGGCUUGUUGUCAUCUCAGUUGUGUUUUUAACAGAACUGAUUUUGCUGUGGUGGUACUAUGAUGAUGAUGAUGGUGGUGUUGAUUACUUGGCACAUCUUGUGGUGAAAAAGGUUUUAUCCUGUUGUUGUUUUUUGCAAAAUUAUUGGUCUUCUGGAUUAAUUUAUUCUCUGCUAUCUAGGCAAAGAGCGAUCAACCCUGUGGGACCACAUGCAGUUCUGGGAAGAUGCUUACCUGGAUGCUGUGAUGUUGGAAAGAGAAGGAAUGGGAAUGGAUCAGGGGCCUCAAGAGAUGAUUGACAGGUAAAUUACAAAUUCUCUGCAAUUUUUUCUCUCCCUCUGCAUUAUUUAGUUUAACAACUUCCUGGGAAUUCAGGAUGUGAUUUUAUUCUGAGUAAAUUUGUUGAAAUUUACUUCAUCCGUACAUCUCUGGGUGGAUAUCAACAUAAAAUGCAAUAUAAAAAUGCAAAAUACAUGAUAAAAGCGAGAGCAAAAACCACAAACCAAUAAAAAACCCUCCCACCACCUUGGACCUCCCUGAACCUUUGCUGGUCUUUUAAUGUUGGGCCUAUAAAAGGAAAUGUAAUUUAAGGCUAAGUUUAAUUUCUGGUCAUCUGGUACUGGGUCUGUGGAGAGAUUUAAUUUUGUUAAAAAAGAUAAAAGAAGGAAGAGGAUGCAGGACAUUUUGCAUCUUUCUUUGCAGUUAGUGGCUAAAAGUCCAUCAGAGACUCAAGUACAUGUGUGUUCCUUUUGUAGGUAUUUGUCUCUAGGAGAACAUGACCGGAAGCGUUUAGAAGAUGAUGAAGACCGCUUAUUGGCUACGCUGCUUCACAAUAUGAUAGCCUACAUGCUUAUGUUGAAGGUGCCAUUUUUUCAUAUUUUAAUUUAAUUUUUGCACAUUUUUGUGAGACUUGUGGUAGGGUAUGGGGGAAAUAUGGGUGUCCUGUGGCCAAAAUUUUUUAACCCCCCUACGCAAGAGCAAACCCAUAUUAAGUGCAGAAAUAAUGAAAUGUCAUACUUUGUUUUUGCUUUGUUUUUAGGUCAAUGGGAUGUAUUUGAGCACUUCUUUCUUCCCAGUUACUUGAUUUCUGCAGUUACUUGUUAUUACACAGUGUCUUCUCUUGAUUGACCUGUUUCUAUGGUAGUUUAAACUUUUUGGAACACAGCAAAUGAGUUCUUGACUAUGUACUGGAAUAUAAAUAUAUAUGCAAGUGCCUAGGGAGAUGUCAGUAACCAAAUGCUGUAUUUUGCUGUGUAGGUGUCCAAGAAUGAUAUUAGGAAGAAAGUGCGCCGUUUGAUGGGAAAAUCUCACAUUGGCCUAGUGCAUAGUCAAGAAAUAAAUGAAAUACUCGACAAAAUUGCCAAUAUAGUAAGUCUUUGACUACCUCUGUAUCUAUAUCUCUGUUCCUUCGAUAGGAGAGGAGGAUUAUCUUUCACUGCAGUUCAGAUGGCAGUGUUGAUUGCUACAAAUAUGAAAAGAGUUAUGUUCCUCUUCUAUAAUGUAUUUCAUAAAUUGUGUACAAGAUUAAAAUACUGCAGAUAGAAAUAUUCUGAUAUCUUGCCUCCUGCAUGUACUUUUUAUGGCAAGGGCUAGUGGGACCCAGAUCUUUGGAUGGUAUAGAUUUACUCAACAAUACCUUGCUUGACAGAGAAUCGGACUCCUCACCUGUUUUAUUCAAGACAGUAGACACAGAGGUCAGAUCUUUCUGAACUUUUUAUAGUGUUGCUCUCAAGAGCUGUAGAAGGAAAUUCUUGCUACAAGCUGCCUUCUCACUCUGUUGCCUGGGCUGGGGUCUGCCAGUUUCCUACUGGACUGCAGGCACUAACUGCUGCUUCCUAAACUCCUCCUUAGUAGCUGAAUGGGUAAGCAGCUUCAUCUCUUGUUGUUUUGUUACAAGCCUGGGUAAGGAACUGAACCAGCUGCUUCUGGGAAAAAACAGCUCUUUUUAUUGCUGUAGUUGCUGGCUGCUUCUCCAAGGUGGUGUCUUUGGGGUUUUUUGAAGAUGCUAUAUCCUGAGAUUCAGUGAGAACCCUCAGAACGGCUGUGGGGGAGAGGGGGAAUCAUUCCACCUGGCAAGCUGCAAUGUUUGUGCAGACAGAACAAUUGGAAGAGCGCAGCACUGAAUUCCAUCUUUACUUCUCUGAUAGUGUUGCUAAAAGGGAAAUUAGUUGAUGGGUUUCCCAUGUUCGUUUUGUUUGUUGUGCCUCCCCCACCAUACACAUGUUUUUAGAAAGCAUAGUUGUUGCAUGUGCAUGUUACAUUUUUUUUAUCGGUGUGUUAAGUGUGUUAACAUUGUGUGUUAAGUGUGUGUUAACAUUGUGUUAAGUGUAUGGUAUAAAAACAUAAUUGGGUGCAAGCUAGCCAGAUUCAGCUCUGACUCUGAAAACUUUGGGUGCAGAGUUAUGGACAACUCCGCAUUUGCACAGGGGUCUUGUUCUGGGUCAUUGUGCACAUCGGUGGAGCAUGCACAAACCCAUAAACCUGCUCCAUUCCUCCCUCUUACGGGGCUGAAAACUGUGUCCAUUGGCAGUCAUGUGCCAAUCAAACACGCAGAAAAUGGUUGCCACCUGUAUAUUGUUGUGUCCCAACUUUCCUUCAAGAAGUUGAGAGUCAUGUACAUUUAGGUUAUUUCACUUUAUCCUCGCAAUAAUCCUUGAUCCUGUGGACACCUCAGUUGGUAGAGCAUGAAACUCUUAGUCUCAGGUUCAUGGGUUUGAACCCCAUGUUGGGCAAAAAAAUCCUGCAUCACAGGGGGUUGGACCACAUGGCCAUUGUGGUCUCUUCCAACUCUACGAUUCUAUGAUUACACUGCUGCAAUACUGCUCCCUAGUACUGAAAAAAUACUUGGUGCUUUUCAGUGUUUUAAUCCAAUUUUACUUUUGUACAGGAGAUGGGUGAGAUCUGACUUGCUGGAGCUGAAGUAAAGAUUAAAGUGGAAGGUUUUUAAUAGGAUUUUUCCUUCUAUUUAGAAUGGCAGGGAGCUCCCAAUCCGACCCAGUGGCAGCAGACAUAUCAAGAAGCAAACAUUUGUUGUACAUGCUGGCACAGACACAACAGGGGACAUCUUCUUCAUGGAGGUAGAGACCAGGUUAAAAGUUAACAAAAUGAUUGCUGUUAAUUGGGUUGUAUGGCAAUUCCUCUCUAAUAAUAUAUACGUCUCCAGGUAUGCGAUGAUUGCAUUGUGCUGAGGAGUAACAUUGGCACGGUGUAUGAACGCUGGUGGUAUGAGAAGCUCAUCAACAUGACAUACUGUCCCAAAACAAAAGUUCUUUGUCUCUGGAGGAGGAAUGGCCAGGAGACACAAUUGAAUAAGUUCUACACCAAAAAGGUACAUUUUCUACAAUAUUCUGUUUACAAUGACUUAGUAUUUUACUGGACCAUUUAUAUUUUAUCUGUCUUUGAAUCUGCUGCAGAGUUUUGAUGCUGAGAUGAUCAGCAGCUGACAUACAAUGCGAGAAGCUUUUCUUAAGUGGUGUCACCAGAUAUUGUUUCCAUGGUUUGAGUUGCACCACUCUCCACCCAUAACAGCAAUUUUAAGCAUAGUUUCCAAUGGAGAGAUGUGGGUAGAACAUUGCUAUUGAAAUGCUCACAUCCUAAUCUUGGGUUUAUGAUGGGAUAGAUGCAUCUUGGAUCUGGAGACCCAUGUAACAUUUUUGCCUGUAACAUGAGGAAGUUACAGUGCUUUGUUUUAAUAAAACAACACAUUUGGAUAGCAUUCAUUCACAUGCAUAUAGAGAAUUUCAGAAUCAGCUGUUGCAAAUUGUUUGUAAGGGAAACAGUUAUGACAUGAGAUUCUAUGACUAAAGAAAGAUGGGAUAUAAAUUUAAUAAAAUAAAGAAAAAAUAGAGCUAUAUAUGUGGAUCAAACACCACUGUUUGUUUGUUUAUAAAAAUACAUAUAGAUUGUGCCUCAUAUAAGAUAUCAGUUCAAGAAAAUUUACAAAUGCAAAAAGCAUAAAAUGCCAUUAAAACAGAAUAAUCAUAAAAAUGUCUUGCCUUUUAAGUUCCCCAUCCUUUCAUCCCAAACGUAUUUCAAAAUAAUGCUGUAUUUUGAAAUAACCGUAUUUUAUUAUUUUUAGCAAAUAUUUUAAAAAGUAUGGUCUAAAAUACUACUAUUAUUUCCCAUGCAUAGUAUCCCAACUUUCCUUCAAGAAGUUGAGCUGCUUGGAGGAAAUGUGGCAGAUAAUUAAUAUGUACUUAAAAAUAUUUGUUUGUAUGCUUUAUUAUUCUUUGCGCUAUUACGUUCUCACCACUGUAUUAGCUCUAUGUUUUAUGAAUCUCCAUUAUGUAUCUUCAGAAAACCUAUUUAUUUAUUUAUUUUAAUUUGUUGUAGUGCCGGGAAUUAUAUUAUUGUGUAAAAGACAGUAUGGAGCGAGCAGCAGCAAGACAACAAAGCACAAAACCUGGUAAGAGCCUUAAUGGCCAUAGAUGAACUUUGGCAAGUGCCACAACUUUCUAAAAGAGUUUUUGGGCGUGUGUUGUCCUUUAUAUUAAAGGGUCUGAAAAUACUGCCCCUCCUUUUCACUCUGGAAAUGCUGAUGCCAGAAAGAAUUUGACUUUCCUCCAAGGAAUUGCCAGGGGAGAAAUAAACAUUAUUUAUUUCCCCUGAUAUUGCGGUAAUAAUGGGAUACUGAGCUUAGCAGCCAGAUGACUAGGACAUGGUUGCUCUUGAAUCUUCUCUUCCACCAAGCCCCACAAAUGUCCUAAAGACCCAAAAUCUCCUGGUACCUCCAAGAUACACACCUGAUCCUUUGCAGAAGUCUUAAGUGCCAGUAGCAAAAUUGUACACAGCUACACAUGUAGACAUUUGCAGAAUUUUUUUUUAAAAAUCCACAUAUGGUUCACAACUCAUAGGUGUGCAGAUAGCUUAUAAGGAAAUGGAGGAAAUGUCACUUAUUUUCUGCUCAGAAAGAUUGCCAAAAUGAUUCUGCAGACUAAAACCACUCCCAAUUUAAAGUGUAACAUUAGCACAUCAUUUGUCCACACUGAAAAUAACAGAAAGAUUGUCGCCCAUCAGGCCAGAACAAAACACUACAAAGUUGCAGGAACAUCAACAGAUUGGCCCUUGUGUUGUGAGGCUUGUGAGUCAGUGAGACAUUAUAGCAGGGGUCAGCAAACUUUUUCAAUAGGGGGCUGGUCCACUGUCCCUCAGAUCUUUUGGGGGGCCAGACUAUAUUUUGGGGAAAAAAAUGAAUGAAUUCCUAUGCCCCACAAAUAACCAGAGAUGCAUUUUAUAUAAAAGCACACAUUCUACUCAUGUAAAAACUCCAGGCAGGCCCCACAAAUAACCCGGAGAUGCAUUUUAAAUUAAAGGGCAUAUUCUACUCAUGUAAAAACACACAGAUUCCCGGACUGUCCGCGGGCCGGAUUUAGAAGACGAUUGGGCCGGAUCUGGCCCCCGGGCCUUAGUUUGCCUACCCAUGCAUUAUAGUAACAUAAUGAAAUGCUAGGCUACUGCUUGGCGCUAGAGCUCUUUGGUUAUCCUUCAUAAGAAUUUAACAGGCAUAAAUGUCAAAACAUAUCAUGCUCUCUAAAGUCCCAGUCUUUGCAGACAUCUAGUUUGCAUCUCUAUAUUGCUUAUUGUUAUCCAUCCUAUAGAAAUCAGAUGUGCUACGGCACCGUUUUGAGGAACAGGUUUGUUUCUGGGAUCCUCCUUUAAAUGCAGGUUCCUAUGUUUUUCUGUGUACGUAAAUCACUUUGUAUUGGGAAGCAUUUUCCUCCUUUUUUCUGUUUUCCUUUUACAUUGCAGGCCCUGAACUGGGUGGGGAAUUCCCAGUGCAGGAUAUGAAAACUGGUGAAGGGGGGCUUCUCCAAGUCACACUGGAAGGGAUUAACCUGAAAUUCAUGCACAGUCAGGUAGGAAAGAACCCUUGAACAAGAGUAUUUGAGCAUGGAGCUUCUUAAAGUGCACCAAUAAACGUGUUUCCUCUUCCCUUGGGGAGGUGAAGGAGAAAGACAAUUAUUUUCCUCCACAGUUAAGAGAAUCUCAGUGUUAGUAUUUACAUUAUGUAGUAUCUGUCUCCGAAUGAAAUAUUAACUCUAUAUACUAGUAUGCAGAAUUCACAAAUUUCCAACAAAAAUAAUGGCCCUAACCCAAAUAAUUCUUUAAAUGAGCUUUGGUUUUUCUGCAACCAGCAUAUGGGGUUGUUCAUUCAAUCUUCUUAAUGAUGCUAUAGAUGUAUUUUGUUCUUUCAAACUGAAGAAAAAAAUGCAAUUCAGGUGAUGGUGAGGUUCACUUACAUUGGAUUUCCAAAAUAAUUUCCAACAAUAUUUAGUCUUGGAACACUUAGGUAUGUUGUAUGGACGUGGCAAAAAACACUGGUUUUUUAUUUUAAAAAAUAACUGCCCAGCCUUAUGGAACAAUUUGCUCACCAUUUAACUUUGGUGAAUUCAUGACAGCUAUUGUUGUAUGGAAAAAUAAACUAAAAUUGACAUUAGCAAACUUUUUUAAAAAAGAAAGGUAGCCGCUCCUGCAUCACGUGUAAUUCAUCUGCAGGGGUGCCAGGUAUAUGGGGCGCAAGGGGCUCCAGCCCCCUAAUAUUAGAAAGGUGCUGUGCCCCCCCCAAUAUUGAGGGGGCUGCCAAUGGCCAGCCUCUGCCCAGGAGCCGGGUGGGGGCUGGGACGAGCAAGCGCAAAGAUCGCUGCCCUCCAUGAGUCCUGCCCCUGCCCGGUGUACACCAGGUGGUGUCACAUGACGCAUCACGUGGCUGUGCCCCCUAAAUGGGAGGGGCAGGGCAGUGCCCUUGUUCAUCUGUGGUUGAAAGCGGAGGCUUUUCAAUAAAUCGGACAGAAACAAUUUUUCUCAUAAAGAUACAAACGUAAUUAUUUAUUUCCUUUUGAAUCUGUCAUUAUCUCUAGGUAUAGAGGAAACACAAAUGGAUUUGUGUGCCACUCUGUUCUUUUCUCUGGAUGUGUUUUCUUUUUUGCUUCUCUUGAUCAUUGUUUUUCUUUUGCUUGGUGUUCAUGUUUGUUUUGCAUAUGCUGUGGAAUCAAUUUGAGGGUUGGGUGUGUGUGUGUGGGUGUGUGGGUGUGUGUGUGUGAGAGAGAGAGAGAGAGAGAGAGAGAUGGGGAGAGAGUUAAAUUUGUCAGUCAGUCUUUUGUGCAGUGUUCUGUUGUUGUUUUUCUAAGUUUUUUUCUAAGUUCUAUUGGUGUCCCUAGGAGCCCUAGGCUGAGAUUCAGCGAAGCUGUUCACAUAUGCUGGGGAGAAAUAUACAUACAGGUGGAGGUUUUUUGUUUAACUUUCCAGUAUAGCCACUUGCACUGCUCAAGAAGCAAGAUGCUUUUCAGCAGAAAUAACUCUGUGGGAUUACAUACUCACUUUUCAACGAUGAUUGAGCAUUUGCUACUUUGAAUACAUGGGCGGGGGGAGUGUAGCUAAUGAAGCACAGAAAGCGGUGAUCAGAAGUCAUUGUGUAUAAACCUGAUUUCCUUGAAUUUCUAACCAUUUGGGCUAUCUCAUCAAAUGUGUCUACCCAAACCUGUGUUUGCCAGGGGGACAUGACUGCAUGAAUUGGGACUUUUCUUGAGGAGAAUCAGUGGGCAGAAGUGGCGUGUGUGAACCUUCUGGCACCUAUUGAUUCCCCCUGUAAAUGCCUCCCUCCACUAGCUGUUUCCCCCGGUUGGUCUGGCUUCUGGUCUUGGAAUCGACCUGGGGAAAAUUGGUUAACAACAGAAAGGCAGGGAUUUUCAGGAGAUAAUACAGGGGCAGUGGAAGGAUUUAACAUCUCAAUCUUACAUGCUGGUUCUCCCUUGCAAAUCUCCCUAGCACCCUGUUCAAGCACUAUAAUGCAUGAGCGUAGCCAGGAUUUUUGUUAGGAGGGGCAGGCUUUUGUUAUGGGGCAGAACCUCAAAUUUGUAUUGGUUGGUAUUGAUUUAGGUGGACAGCUGCCCCCCUGCCCUCCCCUUGGCUAUACCCGUUAUAAUGACAGAGUUUGGAAUCCUAUAGUUGCCUCAUAACUUGCCAUUUGAACCUUGGAAUAAAGCAAGUCAAUUCUUUAUAAAUUUUCAAGUGUAUUCUAAUUCACCUACGGGACCGCCUCUCCUGGUAUGCCCCACAGAGGAACUUACGGUCUUCAAAUAAAAACAUCUUGAAGGUCCCAGGCCCCAGAGAGGUUAGGCUGGUCUCAGCUAGAGCCAGGGCUUUUUUGGCUGCGGCUCCAACCUGGUGGAACGCUCUGUCACAAGAGACAAGGGCCCUGCAGGACUUGACAUCUUUCCGCAGGGCCUGCAAGACAGAGCUGUUCCACCAGGCCUUUGGUCAGGGCGCAGCCUGUCUCCCUCCUUUGGCAAUCUUUACAGAACUUUAGUUUAUGGUUGCCAUCAAUUUUGAUUUUAAUUAAUUUUUAUAAUGUUUUUAUAAUGUUGCGCUAUUUUAGUGUUGUUAGCCACCCUGAGCCCGGCUUCGGCUGGGGAGGGCGGGAUAUAAAUAAAAUUUAUUAUUAUUAUUAUUAUUAUUAUUAUUAUUAUUAUUAUUAUUAUUAUCACUUCUCUGUGUAUUUAAGCUGUUUGGGGGACUGUGUCAACUGAAUUGUACAUACCUUUCAUGCCUUUAUGCCAUCAUGGAAACAAGAUAACUUACACAGGGUCCCCAAUGAUUUGCCAACGAAGUAGCAGAUUCAUGUACAGUAUCCUUAAACCAUGCUCUGGGGCUAUAAUUUUGUCCACUGUUGCAAUCUGUAGUCCCAGAUGCAGCAGUAGAUUCCCAAAGCACCCCGAAACUGUAAACCCAAAUGGACUCUAGCAUGAUAGGUAUUGCUGUAUUUUGCCCAAAUAACAAGCCCUUUGCUGUGGUAUUGUCCAGAUUUGGAAACUUAUUGCUCGAAGACUGACAACCUAUUUUUUGCAGCCAUGCACUGGGUACACACUGAGAUUGUAGAUUCUGGUAAAACAGAAAAGGAUAGAGAUAGGUGUAAUCAUCCCUUGUAAGCUUUUUAUUUAUUUUUAUAAAUGAUUGAUUCUAAGGACUUUGUCAGUUAAGCAAUAUGCAACAUAAUAAACAUGUUGUUAUUCAGUUAGUUGGAGAACAUCUUUCCCUCCAGAAGCAUUUCUGUUUCAGGGAUGUUGCAUCUUUUCUAGGACUUAGUACUAUACUUUUUUAAAUGAGAAAUUGCUAGAUUUUUAAGUGCAUUUUUAAAGAAACAAAGCAGGCUAUCUUCCUUUAAUAAAGCAGUCUCCUACUUAUCUCUCCCAUCAUAUCCCUGUAAACAGACUAUCCUCUCAUUCUUUGGGGAUGGCAUAUCAUAAUAUUGACAUUUUAUGUAUGCUAGUGUAAGUAUAUUGCUAAUAGAAAAACACCUGGGAUUUUGCCAUUGUUUGGAGAGAUCUUAGUAUAGAGAUAUUCUGAUUUCCCUCCUGUACUUUUCCACAUAGGCCAUAUAUUACCCCUCGUCCUGAAUGAAACAGUGUGAUUGCACUUUCCAAGAUGCGCAUGGAUGUAUGAGAAGCUACUUUGGGUGUUGAAUGGACUACUACAAUAAGAUAGCUUAUUUAUUUUCACACACUUGGGUUUCUGAGUCAGAGAAGUGAAAACCUGCUGCUUCAUUUUCCCCCUCAACCUCCCUUUGUUUUAGCACUUAGUGUAAUCUGCAGUCUGUAAAUCUUGAGCAUCAUCACGUGUGGAAAUAUAGAAGAAAAACCCUUGGUUUGGGUGGGAAGCAUGGCACCUCUUGCCUGCCCUCUGUGCUGGAGGAGGAUGCAUGGAGAGGCAGACAUUUAAUGGGAUGGGGCAAGACCACAAAUGACAGACCAAAUCUGGAAGCAGUCUGUGUCCCUCCUUUUCUUUCAUUUCAAAGUGUGUUGGUUUUUCUUUUUGCUGUAACUCAGUUGAGUGCCUGAAGGGGGUAGCAAUGUUGGAUAUGUCAAGAGUUACUAACUCUUUCGUUUCUCUUCCAUGCUUUCUCCUCCUGCAAGGAGCGGAAGGUACUCCAUCUUCUGCUGUCUUAGCUUCUUAGCCUUUUAAGUUGUUUCUUGAUUUCUAGCAUUGUGGCAAUUUUUUGAUUUUUAUUUUCCAAUUUCUCUUUCUUUUUAUUUAAGUAGUAAACUAUAGUUGAACUGGUAGUAUGUGCUACAACAUUCCAAGUUAUAACUGCUGUGGUGUGCUUUUUGUUCUUGUUUUAUUUUGACAUUGCCUUCUUUAUUCUAAUCAUGUGUCUUCCUCCUCUUUUCUUUCAGGUUUUCAUAGAGCUGAAUCACAUUAAAAAGUGCAAUACAGUGCGAGGAGUCUUUGUCCUGGAAGAAUUUGGUAAUUACAUUAUUUUGAUAUUAGGUUUGUACUCACAUGGCAGUAACUCAAAUUUCUGAUCCUCUCCAUGAGGCAGAACUGUAUCUUUUUGAUAGUUUUUUCUUUUUUGGGGGGUCGCAGGGAAAGGUCAAAGGAAGCAGCAUAAAUUGUGUCUAAACAGGUUAUUAGAACUGAAGAAGACAUGAGUGAACUUGAGGCAUUGUUAAGCUUAGAUAACAAGAUUUUAAAGCUGGAGUCACCAACCUUUUGGGUCUGUGGGCAUAUUUAGGAAUUUGAGCAACUCUUAUGGGCACCACCACAAAGCAGCUACUAUGGGGAUCUGCCUGGUCAAAAAGAACAAGUUACUUGCCCAAGAGUCUGAGUACAAUACAUCUCCAUGGCAUAUGCGAAAGCCUUUUUAGUGUCCCCAGGAUGAACUAUAAUCCCCAGAUUCCUUUCUUUUUUAAAGUACAUUUCUAACAAUUUUGGAACCUGAGAUAUAAGGCAAAACUUAUAGGCACUAUUCUUCCCAUUUUGGGGGAGAAAUUGGCUGCUUCAUCCUUUCAGUGCUUUAUUUUGCCUCCCCCAAUGGAAAAAUUCCUGUGGACACCCAUGUCUGUGAGAGAUGCACUUGGACAGAGAGGCAGGGGGAAAUGCAGGUAUGAAGUGUGAGAGAGCGUGAGAGAGAGUUGCAUGUGCACCUGCGGUUUGUGUGUGUGUGGUGAGUGUAUGUGAGUACAAGAAUGAGUAAGGUGUGACUGCCUUGUAUAUUUUUCCUGUUACUGAGGAAUGCUCCCUGUUGCUAUCAGGAAGAAAUGUGUGGGUGUGGGUGUGGGUGGGUGUCAGAGAGAGGGAGAGAGAGAGAGAGAGAGAGAGAGAGAGAGAGACCACCAGGACAUAGCUGACUUUUCUGAGGUUGUCCAGUGCAGAUGGGGAUGGGGACCAGCAAUUAGUGUACUUUGUGGUGUGGUUUUUUUUUAAACUAGGCUAUCUUUCUAUAGUAGUUAGGCUGUUACUGGAUGUAGCAUUCAGAGAAUAUUGAUGCAUUGCAUUGAUUUCGAUGAAUUUUAGGCCACAAUAAUUUGCUACUUCACUGUGUUAGAGGAUUCUUGUUGUAUGUUCUGCAACCGACUACAAUGUCUACACUUCUUUGAUUUGUAUUUGAUCUGAGGUGAAAUGAGGCUAACAACUUAACUUCUUUUUUGCUGCUUAAGAAAACUUCGUUGAAUAGAGUAAAUUCAGCAUAGUGAUUUGUUUUGUUUUGACAAGGAACUUAUUCUGAUGGGAAAAGAAGAGCUGGGAAAGGGGUAGCUAGGUAAAGAACUUCUGCUACAUGAAGUGAGUGUAGAAUUUAACUCAGGGCAAUUUAAACUUCCAUAUUUAUGGAUGUUCCAAAUUUAUUCCAAUUUAUGAAGUUCCAUAUAUCAGUAAUCAUUUUUCUUUUCAAAUUCAUUGAAAUGUGGGGGCAUGUAAUGUAAAAGUGAAUUCCAUCUUCUGAAGAUGGUUCUUCAAGACAUCUUUUGAGAGUAUGUACACUGGUACAAAUCGGCAGGUCAGUUACGCCAAAGCUCUAUAGCAGUUUGUAAGCAGUCCAUGCCAUCUGCACUGCACCAUAGGUCAUUGCAUGGGAUUCACAUAAAUGCUCAACUGAUACUCAGACUGACUGAUCAGAGCAAUUGCUGGUCAAUAUUCCAGUUCACUUCACUUUGGGAGACGCUUUCUGCUGUGAAGGUACUGUUUAGGUGCUUCCAGAGAGUGGCCUUAUACCACAGAAUAGGUCCUUCAGAUCUGAUUUGGUUUGUUGUGCAUUUGACACAUUAGCCACACAUUUCCAUUUGCAGUCAUCAAUGUUCAUUCUAUUCUGCCACUUGCCAUCCACCACAUUGGGCAGGGCUUGACAGAAUGUAUUUGAGCUGAGUUUUGUGCCACUCCUCCCACCCUCCCCAACCUCCUUUUUCUAGUCUGAAUAUACGUGUAUACAGGUAUUUCUGAACCUAGGUAUGUGUAUAUCUUUUUUAAAAAAAUUAAAAAUCCCAGGAGCACAUAUUACCAGUCUUAUCCAGCCAUUUAUCUAGUUUCACAAUGAGUAAAAUGGAGGACUGUGCUUUUUUGCGGUAGUGAGGGCCAUAUUCAUUUUCAUUUGUUCACUUGAUUUUUAAUUUUUAGCACUGAGGUCUUGUGCAAGAGUGAGAUUUACCAUAAGACUUGGGCAAGAAUGAUAAAGAGGUCUUCUGCAAGACCUCCAUAUUAAACAUUUUUUAAAACCCUGGUGUAUGUACUCCAAUUAGUCUCAAAGGCAAUCUCCCUACAUGGUGUGAAGGUACUGAGAGACUAGAUUCUCCAAAACAGGCAAGCCUUCAGCAUGAAACAAUCAGUAUUCCAGUGGUACUGGGGACUUCAAGUGAAAUGACUAGGGAUGUGACAGAGACUACCUACCAAAAUGCCACCACAUAAUAAACCACCCACCAAAAGCUAAUGAGCUUUCAGACAAGAAGUGACUGAAGAUGUAUUUAGAGGUUAAUUUUAUGUAUAUUUUCUAGGUUAAGGGGAAACCUGUAUUAAAUAUUAAAUAUUAAAAAAUGGGCUGACGGUUUGAUGACAAUGUCAUGAGGACACUCUAAAAAACUUGUGUUAGUGAUCAGCACCAAUUCCACAAUAAACUUCCCAUCUAAAAACUCCCCUGGAAAGAAAUAAGUUGUUGCAGUCUUGGCCUGUCCAAAGAAAGGGUUCAUCCCUUCUUUCCUUUGAUAUGGCCCUGGUCUGGAUCAGGCAUCCCUGUGCUAUGUGAUUGUUUACUAAGUUAGAACAGGGUGGGAAGCCUCUGGUCCAUGGGCCAGAUGCAUCCCAUGAGGCUUCCCUAUUUGGCCUGCAAUCUGCUUUGUUCACACCAUGCCCACCCGGCCUACACCUGAUGUCAAUUGCAGGGCAGGUAGGGGUGGGACUUGGCUGAUUGAAAUCCAGUCACCUGCUAUCAUUUGUGACAUCAGGUGAUCGGCAGAUGGGCAGCUUUGCCCACCUGUCAAUUUUGGCCUGCGAGGAAGAACCUGAUAAGUGCAGCCAAGGGUGAGAGACUAUUAAGAGUUAUGGUCCAGCAAAGAGCCACAGUGUCUCCAUCUUUGUUUCAGUUUGUGUCUGACAGGCCUUGAAACCCAAAUUUCAAUGUCUGUAGACAAUAGGCUUAAGCCUUGUGUAUAAUAUAUAAUUAUCUCACAGAAGACAUUUUCAGCUGCAUAUGAAAGUGGUAGUACAUGGAAUCCACAAUUGCUAAAGCAGAUUUUCUUCCUUUCUCCAAAUAGGAAGAAUUGUAGUUUUUAAUAGCCAUCCAAAAUAAUGAGCUAACCAAUGAGUAAUAAGGUUGUUCCAUAGGUCACACUGAUUAUACUUUACAUUGCUUGAUCUUCGUUUUGUCAGCUUUUUUGUUUUUAUGUUUCUCAUGUUAUCCCAGACCACUUUACAAAGGACAAUGUGGAAGUUGGAGAUGAGAUCUUAGGGCGUAUAGCUGGGUUGUAGUGUGUUUCUGGAAGGAAUUGCUUAGAGAAAGUAGGAAGCACCAGGCCUUGGCUCUGAGAUUUGAGUUACUGCUAUGUAUUUGUGCUUAACUUUUUGGUGACCCCUUCACUGUUGCUGCUAUGAAAACCUUCAUUCUCCAGCAGGUAAAGUGUUGCCCCUCGUCCCAAUCCUUUGUUAGUACUUUGUACCUGUAUUCUUAUUCACAGGGCAAGAGGAAGCAGGAUGGCACUUGUGUACUUAUUUCUUUCAUCCUUCUAACUGUAAAAACUUCAGAAAUCAGAUGCCCCCCUUUUAGCUUGUUUUUGGUUUGUUUGUUAAUACUAUGCAGUAGUAAUGUUUUAUCCCCCUUCCCCCACCAAACUUUUUUUGGUCUUUGUAACACCCCCCCCCCCCGGUUCUCUUCCAGAUUCCUUCCUAAAAACCUAUUUUCAUUUUUUGAGUUGGGGAACAGGGGGAUUUAGUGAGCAUGACGGUCCCCUUCCUAAAACCAGUUCUUAAGGGUCAGGAACUUUGCAACUCCUCUUCUGUUUGGUCCAGACUUCUUGACUUCAGUUUCUUCUGUCCAAUAUACUUGCCUUUCAAAUGAUCAUACUAACUCCAAGCUCAGAAAUGUGUUAAUCAUUUUUUAUUCCUUUUGUGAUGAUAUAGCAGGUUUUAGUUGUUUAAAUAAUUUUUAUGGGGAUACAGAGGUACCAGAAUUAUUUGAUACCAAUAAGUAAAGUAGUUUAGAGUGAGACCUUGCUCUUCAUCUAGUUCCUGGUGGCAUGAAGUAGUGUCUUUUGGGCAUGUACAUAUGUUAAAUAUGUGGGAUUUUCCUAAGAACUUUCCAGAAAUGUUGAUGCCCUGUGUUCUAGCUGCUGAUACAUAGUUUUGUAUCAGAGUUAUGACUCAUUGUAAUAUUGGUUAGUUUUUUAUCGUUUCGUAUUGACCUUCUCCUGGAUAGCAUUUGUUCUCGUGUAUGAAAGGGUUUGUUUGAGUUAUAUUAUUUCCCCACAUAAGCAUUUAUACUGAAUUCAUUUGUUCAUAGAUUGCCUAUUCAUUUAUUCUGUCUUAAUAGGUGAUAUCAGGGUUUAUAUGAUAAGAUACUUACUCUAUCUUUCCCCAUGAUAAAUACAUGGAUUCCUUUUGGGGGUGGGUGGGGAGAGUGGUUCUUUUCUUCAGUUGUUUUAUGUUAACCUAGAAAAUCUGAGAUGUUUUGCAAAGAAAAGAUUCAAAAUCAUUCCAUAAUCAUUUGACUUUAGAAUAUACAAGCGUCCCCCCACUUACGUUUGGGUUACGUACUGGGGCCCCAGUGCACAUAAGCAAAAAUGACGUAAGUGGGGAAUACUCUUUAAAAAGCCUCUAAAAAGCUCUCUCUGCACAUAACUCUCUCUUAAACUAGAGUUGAAACUCUGGGGCCACUUAAAGGCUAGAGGAUGCACAGAAAAGCGGUGGUGACUUGCUACCAUGUACAGUGGUGCCUCGCAAGACGAAAUUAAUCCGUUCCGCGAGUGUCUUCGUCUAGCGGUUUUUUUCGUCUUGCGAAGCAACCCUAUUAGCGGAUUAGCGCUAUUAGCGGUUUAGCGGCUAUUAAAGGCUUAUCGACUUAGCGGAUUAGCUGCUAAAAGGCUAUUAGCGGCUUAGAAAAAAGGGGAGCGAAAAAAUCUCAAGACUCGCAAGACAUUUUUGUCUUGCGAAGCAAGCCCAUAGGGAAAUUCGUCCUGCGAAGCAACUCAAAAACGGAAAACCCUUUCGUCUAGCGGGUUUUCCGUCUUGUGAGGCAUUCGUCUGGCGGGGCACCACUGUAUGUCAGUUGCUAGGCGGGGAGGCUGAGCAGCCAAAGCAAAGCCCUGCUGUGCCUCUGGUCUCUUUGGGGCUUCCUCUGCCCUCACUGAAGUCCUCUUCAAGCUCUGGGAAGAAUCUCCUCAUGAGUUACGAGGACUCUCCAGCGCAAUCCUGCCAUUUCCUGGUUUGAGUCUAUUUAUUUAUUUCCCAGUGCUGCUCGCAUAUGUGGUCAAUCGUGCGUAAGUUGAAGGGAUGCCUGUAGUUGUUUGAUUGUGUUAUUCAGAUCAGAAAUUGUUCUAAUGCACAAGCUUUUGAUGUGGUAAAUUUGAAUGUGAUAAAAGAAGAGCAGUAUUUCCUUGGUUGUUACUUCUGCUUCCUUAUUGCAGAGGGAAUAGAAGUUGGACUUCCUGGCAUUUAAUUUUUAAUAUCCAUAAGUAAAUUUCUGCUAGUUUAUAUAAGAGUGGAAUAUGUAUCUGCUGUUGCUGAUGUACAGGCGAAAUCUGAAACUAAGCCUGGCACAUUGACAAAUGAUUGAACAGAAGUAUUUAGGCUCUUAAGAUGGUGCCUGCCAAAUCUUCCUUUGGAACGUUAUCUAAAGCAAGAACUAAUGGCACCAGCACAGGUAUAGGUCAAUGUUUAAUGGUAGAAAGAAAAAAGAAUGUGUAAAGUUUAGCAUUAGUAAAAAAAGAUUGUUUAGUUGAGAUUCCUACAUCGCAGGGGGUGAGACUAGAUGACCCUUGGAGUCCCUUCCAGCUCUACAAUUCUGUGAUUCUGAGUGCUUUUCCCCCCUUGCAGCUCAUUGCACAUUUCCUUUCCUCUUGCCUUUGGGAACAUUGUACUAUACCCCUCAAUUUUUCUUGUCGUUUUUUGAACUCUUUGUUUUGUCUCUUGCCCGUCCGGUUUUAGUUCCUGAAACUAAAGAAGUGGUGAGCCACAAGUACAAGACGCCAAUGGUGAGUCAUCUGCUAUGUCUUCUGGUUAUUUCUCAAAGGUUUUCUUAUCAUGUCCACCUUGUGGCAUUUCAGCAUUCAGACUGCUCUCCAUCUUGCUAAUUUUCCAAGUUAGACAACAUCACUUCAAUGGAAGCUUCUGGGGAAGUAUGGUUAUGAUCAGUUUCAAAAUGAAGAGAAUAAAAAUAAGGACUGAAGGAAUGUAUAAGCCUACAGGUUUUUGUGUGUAUUCUGAUGAUGGGUUUCAGCUUAUUUUUGUGUUGUGUUGAACUUCAGAAAGCAAACUAGGGCUUGUGCAGAAUUAAGUUUGCUGAUAGAGAAAGUGUAAGAGAGAGACCAGCAAAAUUUGAUGGUUUACAUUUUAUCUGAUUACUUCAACUAUAAAGUAUAAAAUAAUUGAUUUUUUAAAGACCUCAGUCAGCAUCUAGAAAAUGGGACAACUACUAAUUAAUGUUUACUUUUACAUCCCAUUUUCCAGAAACUAGGAGGAUUUGCGGUUUGAGCUAAUAAAACAUGGGAAUAUUUAAUUGUAUAAUUAACUUAAAAGUCUUGUAUUUAAGAUGCUACACGUACUGGCUUACGAUCACUGAGAACAUAACUAUAUUAAUGAUUACCACUUGAGAUCUUUUGAAUUAAUCUGAAAACAAAUUUUUUAAUAAUUGUCAGGUGUAUGUUGAAUCAGAUAUCUUAAGAGUUUUAAAACUGUUUGAUUUGACCCUCCAACAACAACAAAAGACUAUAUCCAAAUGAGGUCAACUUUUCCCCGAGAAAACAAAAACAAAAAACUGUGAGAUUGUAUUAAGCAUGAGAGCAAGUGCAUAUCUACAAAACUACAGCUUCAUUGAAAACUUUACCUUUUUUUUAGUAAAACAAUAUAGUUGCAAAUAAAUCAUUGGGAUCAAUAACACCCUACAUUGUAUAGGAUAUAAACCCACAAGAAUGGUGUGUGGGAUCUAAUAGACAGUUAUAGAAGACUGGCAGAAAAGUCCCCCCCCCCUGUUGGGGUACAUUUGAUGCUACCAGUUAACAGAGGAUUAAAAAAAUAUUUAGACACUGUAUAAGUAUAUUUGUGUAGAUGACAAAGUCUAGUGGUUAACAAUAUGUUUGGGCUAUGACCUAGAAUAAGAAAUAGACCUUCCACAUACCAUUUUCACUCUGUGUAUAAUAUUGAACCUGUAGGUGGAAUUUUGGUAUCAUUUCCUUUAAAUGUUACCUCCAUAGAUCUCCUAAUGCUUUGCUGCAAACUCAAACGAGUUGUUUUUUUAUUGCAUAAAAGUCUUUUGCGGCCAGCCAGAGUCUGGAUGGCACAUAAAAUGGUUGCACUCUUGUGUAAUUAGUACUUUCACUUUGUGAAGUCAUCUACUCAGGAUGAAGACAGAUUUAAUACAGAAACAUGAUGUUUGUCUGGCACCUCAGUUGCAGUGCAAACCCAGCUUCCUCCUAGUUUUGCGGCACCCCCCCCCAAUAUUUUUACUGAGUUUACAGUUAAUAGCUAUAUAUGAUACAAGUGACCACAAAAGGUAUAAGAAAUUCAGGAGGGCAACAUACCUACUCAGUUGUGAUCUUACAGAUUUGUACAUGAAAGACUGAAAAAACAAAAGCAAUUUUUACCACAAACAAACAAACAAAACAACAACAAUAAUAAUAAUAAUAAUUAUGCACUAUUUUUGCAGCUGAAGUGAUAUAUGUGCAUAUCAGUGAAUGGAAUGCCAACCUUGCCCCUCCAUAAUGCUUCAAGCAAGCUGCUCCCUUCCUGCCUUUAUCUUUUGUAAAGCACUGCAUGGUUGUUCGUUUAAGCACUGAGUCAUCUCUUGAUUUUGCUUUGCCUCCAUAGUAACAGUAGGGCAGUCUGACUUCUGAGAAUGCACCUCCUUUUGGCAGUAGACAAGGUCUGGCAUCCAAUUCUGUCAUCUAGGAGGCAGAGCUUCCACUAUUUCCAGACCAACCUUUUCUCAGUGGCAUAAGGCAGGAUCCCUCAGGAACGCUCGUAAAGGGCUUCCAAAUUAGAUGUCCUUCCUAUCAUAGAAUUUAAUAAGCUCCAUGCAUAAACAGUUUAUGCAGAGCCAGUCUUUAUAGAAUUCAACCUUGAAGAGCAAAGGUAUGUUUUAAAUCAGGGCAGUCCAACUUUUCAUAUCAAUUGGGCCACAAGAAUACUAUGACACAGAACUCUCAGGCUGCACACUGCCUUAUUGCAUGGGGCGGGGGGGGGGAGCAAGGUCAUAAUAUGAUGCUUCCCCCUGGCACAGCCCUCACAUUGCCUCCCCAAAGCUGGGAAAGCACAAACUAGGAUUUGGGAAUGAGGAAGGAGGACUCUAGGACUCUGUCAGAGCCCUCAUGCCUCCUUCCCAAAGCCCAGCCUCACCUGGCUUUGGGAAGGCAGCACCGGGGGGGGGGGGGGGCGCUGAAAAAUGCAUUGUGGGCCACAUAUGGCCCUUGGGCCACUCACUUGAGUGCUCCAUUUUAAAUGCAAGUAAGGGCACUGCAGAUAGGUUCCACAGCUGGAAAAAUUUACACCUGUUAUUGCCUUAAUUUAUUUGAGACUGAAACAGUGGGCAUUCUUUAGCCUUAUAUGAGUGGAUGAGAUAGAUGAAUCACCAGUUUCAAGGCAUUACAUCUCAUCUAUUGGAGCUUUCUAUAAUUGUUCUCGAAGUAAAGGAACUCUAAGGUAUACAAUAAAUACAGUCCGGAGACCUUUAAUUACUCAAACCUUCACUGUUGUCUUUCCUAAUGUCUUCUAGGCUCAUGAGAUCUGCUACUCGGUAUUGUGUCUCUUCUCUUAUGUGGCUGCAGUUCGUGGGAAAGAAGCAGAAGGCAAAAGCAAGCCACCUCGCCCAGUCUCCAGCUGA